ACUGGUCAGCAGAGAGCCAGAAGAAGAAAGAAGCUGAAGGAGAGGAUUGGGGAGGAAGACCUGAGAGGGAGGAGGAGAGGCACAGUGACCAAAGACUUGCUGGGCCUACUUCAACUAGCCACCCUAGGCUGAAAAGGCAGGGAGAAAAGGCCUGUCUGCAGUGCCAAGAGGAGAAGUGAAGAACAUCUUUGAACGGUGACAGGUAGGAGGAGUAUUACAGGGAAUAUUUCCAGGGCAUUGCUGCAGGACAAAAGCUUAGCAAAGGGUUGGAAAAGAGGCUUCUAGCAGAACCCCCAGUUAUAGUGUAGAUGAGGCUGAAUGGGGGGGUUGGGUUAGAGGGAAUAAAAGCGUAAUUUGGGUAAAGGAUUUGAAUAGAGUAACCAACUGCUUCGUUAAAACUGUCUUAAAGGUAAAGGGACCCCUGACCAUUAGGUCCAGUCGUGACCGACUCUGGGGUUGCAGCGCUCAUCUCGCUUUACUGGCCGAGGGAGCCGGUGUACAGCUUCUGGGUCAUGUGGCCAGCAUGACUAAGCCGCUUCUGGUGAACCAGAGCAGCGCAUGGAAAUGCCAUUUACCUUCCCGCCAGAGCGGUACCUAUUUAUCUACUUGCACUUUGAUGUCCUUUCGAACUGCUAGGUUGACAGGAGCUGAGACUGAACAAUAGGAGCUCUCCCCGUCGCGGGGAUUCGAACCGCCGACCUUCUGAUCGGCAAGUCCUAGGCUCUGUGGUUUAACUCACAGCACCACCCGUGUUAGUUUAACAUUAAUGGUUUAAUAUGAGCUGUCAGUGUUUAAAAUUACAUUUACAAAUAAAUAAGCCAUAUACGUAUUCCAAGAUGCGGUACUGUUUCAAAGUAAGAUUUAGCUUGUGCUGUAAUCCUAAAGACGUUUACCUGCAAGUAAGUCCAACUGGACACAACGGGACUUUCUACCAAGCCAACAGGGUGUACAUUAUUUCAUUUCAUGUCGCAAAUCAAUAUUCUAAAGGAGGGCUUUUUAAAACAAACAAACAAACAAACCAGAAAUAAAUGGCCUCAAGUGUUUUCUAAGAAACCAUCAACCGCUCUAACUAAAAUUUUGCAUUUGAAAAGGGAUUUAAUACAGCAGCAGCACUGAAAAACAGAAAGGCAGCAAAAACUUAUUUUUACUUACAAUCUAAAAUGCCUUCUUCAAUGGAAGUAUUCAAGAGCAUCAUGGCAGUAGCAGCAUCAAUAUCAGAGUCUGGAAAAGAAAAAGGAAAUUGCCUUCCAUUAGGUUUCAUCUAGAGGAGUGAAACAUGACUAUGCUUUUAAAAGCACGCUUAGUUUAGGACAGGGAUCAGCAAACUUUUUCGGCAGGGGGCCGGUCCACUGUCCCUCAGACCUUGGGGGGGGGGGGGCCGAACUAUAUUUGGGGGGGGGAUAAACGAAUUCCUAUGCCCCACAAAUAACUCAGAGAUGCAUUUUAAAUAAAAGCAUACAUUCUACUCAUGUAAAAACACACUGAUUCCCGGACUGUCCGCGGGUCAGAUUUAGAAGGCGAUUUGGCCUGCCUACCCAUGGUUUAGGAUAAGAAGUGAGGUAAGUGUCUUGACCAAGGAUACCUAGUGAGCUUCAGAGCCAAGCAAUUGCCAAGCCCUGCCUGCCCACCCAGUGCAGCAUCUUGUCCUCAUAUUGGCCAACCACAUGCCCAUGGGAAGCCUCCAAUUCCUGCUUGUGAUUCCCAGCAUACUGCCUCUGACAGGUGAGGCAGUGAAACACAGCCAUACCGGCCGGCUAUGUCUUCUCCUGCUCUGGAGGACAGGACUCGAACCAGUGGCUUCAGGUUGCAGGAAAGGAAAUUCUGACUAAACAUCAGGAAGAGCUUUCUGACAGUAAGAGCUGUUUGAUAGUGGAACGGACUCUCUUGUGAAGUGGUGGAUUCUCCUUUUAGGCAGAGGUUGGGUGGCCAUCUGUCAUGGAUGCUUUAGCUGACAUUCCUGCAUUGCAGGGGGUUGGACUAGAUGACCCUUGGGGUCCCUUCCAACUCUACAAUUCUAUGAUUCUAUUCUUCCCCUAUAUAGGGAAGCUUUUUAAUGUUUAAUUUUCCUGUUUUUUUAUAUAUGGGAAGCCACCCAGAGUGCCUGGGGCAACCCAAUCAGAUGGGCAGGGCACAAAUAAUGUUGUUGUUAUUGUUGUUGUUGUUGUUAGAUUUAUCCUCCAUGCAUUUGUGUAAUCCUCAUUUAAAGCUAUCACUGCAUCCUGUGGCAGCAAAUUCUCUCCUUUAACUACGCACUGCAAGAAAAACUAUUUUCUUUUGUCUGUCCUGAAUCUUCCAACAUUCAACAUCAUUGGAUGCCCAUGUGUUCUAGCAUUAUGAGGGAGAAAAUCUUUUUUCUCCAGAGCAUGAAUCAUUUUAUAUACCAGCACCACGUCCCUUCUUAACACACCUCUAAGCUAAAGGUCUAAAAGUUGUGGCCUUCCCUGAUAGGGCAGUUGCUCGAUCCCCUUGGAUCAUUUCUGGUGCCUUUUCCUGAAACUUCUCAAGCUUUACAAUGUCCUUUUUGAGGUGAGGCGACCAGAACUGCACACAUUAUUCCAAAUGUGGUUGCACCAUAGAUUUCUUUGAUGCUACUGUGGUAACAGCACUUUAAUUUUCAGUCCCAUUCCUAAAGAUCCCUAGUGUGCCUUUUCUACAGCUGACACACACUGGAUUCCCCCACAUUCAUGCUGAUAGGUACCAACCACCCUGGUUCUCUAGAUCACAUCAUUGCAACAACCAAUUUAAAAAUGGAUGAACACAGAUCUUGUUCAGCGCCCCAAUCUCCUCCAAGUGCUUAAUCAAUUACAAAGUUGGAAGGAAUAGCCAGACAAUCACUGAAGCAAAAUAAAGUGCUAGGGCUAGCAGGGAGGGGUGAGAAUCGAGAAGGCGAAAAGGGAAGACAAGUUGAGAUGCUGAAAAACAUCUAAAUGAUAAAUGGAAAAAAACAAUUUAAGAUUUAGAGGAGUCCUGAUUGCAAAUGCAGCUGUUAAAAAAGAAGAUGGAAUCGAGACUAAAGUUCAGAUGAAAUUGGUGCUUUAAGGCCCCAUCUGCACUAUGUAUUCAAAACAGUACCGAACCACUCUAAACAGUCAUGGCUUCCCCCAAAGAAUUCCAGGUACUCUACUUUGUUGUGGGGAUUGGGAAUUGUUAGGAGAUCCUUAUUCUCCUCACAGAACUACAUUUCCCAGAGUUCCCAGGAAAGAGGGAUUAAUUGUUAAACCACUCUGAGAAUUGUAGCUCUGUGAUAGGAAUAGGGCUCUCACAGGAACAGACAUCCUCCACAAACUACACUUCCCAGGAUGCUUUGGGGGAAGAGAUGACUGUUGGAAGUUGUAAAGAGCUGCUUUAAAAUGGAUAAUGCAGAUGAGGCCUUAGACUGGUCCGAGAAACUAGAAUGGAAAAUCUCAAGACAGAAGACCUUUAACAGAACUCCUGGAAACAACCAAGCCGAGUUCAGAUGCUGCAACUAAACCACAUCUACAGGUUUAAACCAUGGUUUGGGAUGCAAACUGAUACGUUUGUGGUGGCCACAAGUUGCAUGAUUUGUGAUCCAGUACAAAUGUUGUGGCCAAAUUAUAGUUUAGCCAUUGUGAACAGCCUUUGGGUUUGUGCAUUCCUGCCUCCCCUCAUGUGCUCAAAUCCCCAAGCCAGGAAGGAAUUUGUUGUUCAUGAUGACCAAACCAUAAUUUGGCCACAACAUCUAUACCAGGCCACAGACUGAGUUUAUAAAGCCACCCAAAGGAGAGCUAAAAGAUGGACAAUGGAUAGCACAUCUUACCUUUGAUAGAUCGACCCUGAUUCUGUUUCAAAACUGAGGUUAAGUAGUGAGGAGAAGGUGAACCACUGGAAGAGAGGAGAAAGAAGGUUUAGAGACUGUGCUGAACCAAGACAGAAUUCACUUAGUCUAGCCAUAUUUGCACCUUCAAUGAUUUCAAAAUGGCAGGAUCUCUCCUGUACCAGAAGUGAUGUCAACAAGGACUGCUGGCCUGGUGUGAGUCUUAAACCUGGUGUAUUACAGAGCUGACCUAAUCUGUGAUGUGGGUUUUCUGGAGAAGAUUGAGCUGGGAGGUUUCCCUAUGCAAAUCCCUAGGGCACCUUGCCUCUGAACAUUUUCUGAUGUCCCAGGAAAGUGAUCUAAUCGAACAGGUUUCUUUUGCGGGCAUUUAGUUAACAAAGUCAAAAACUGCUAAGCUUGCCUAUUAUAUUAUAUCCGCAACUGGCAUUUUUGCUACUGAACUCAAGAAAACAGAAAUAAAAGGACUGCAUCUAAACCCACUGGCACAUUUGACAGCUUGCCACAGACUGAGAGCUUAUUCAGACUUACUUUUCAAAGACGUGAAACUAAUGAGUUGUGGAAGGGAGCUUAUAUCUAAACACUGACAGUGUGAGCAAGACAGAGGUGUCUGAAAACACACCUCUAUCAUAAUUGCUUGCUCAUCAGGAGAUUGACUGCAAAUCCCUUUGAGAAGACACUUGAUUAAAAACCCUGGCUGGCCAGUGUGGAAUAUGUGAAACAGUCCCCAUUUGGCCUGUCAGACCAUUUCCCCCAAACCACACCCAGCUGUAGCACACCUGAUGCCCUAUAUGUGUGGGGCAGGCAGAGGCACAGUUGGUGUAGAAAACAGGAUCAAGCCUCCUGCCCAUCAACUAGUGCACAGGGACUUCAAUCCCACUUGGUGGGACCUGUUGAGCACCUGAUAUCAUUAUGAUAUCAGAUGAUUGACAAGUGAGUUGUUCUGCCCACCUGUCAGAGUUAGCUGGUGGGGUGUUGGGAUAUAAAGAUCUGUCCCACCAGACCAAAACGUUUCUGCACCCAUUGGGGACAGAGUUCAGUGAUGGGCAAUACUCUGGCUGCAGAAUGUCUGGGGUUCCAACCCUGGCAUCUCCUGUUCCAGGUGAUGCGAAAAAACUUCUGUCUAAGAUCAUGAAGUGCCACUUCCAGUGAGAUAAUACUGGGCUACUUGGGCAAAUAGUUCGAACUGGUCUAAGGCAACUGACUACGUUUCUGGAUUCCACCUUCAGGUUUUCAUAAUCCUGAGGACUAGAACCUCUGUUAAUGAGCAACCGUUUUGUGCUUUUUAUCCUGAUCCUGCGUCCUCGUGCCCUGCCGUUUCUUUCUCAGAAACAGUUUCCCUUGUCAUUUCUUCCUGUCUUGCUUUAAACCCCAGUCUCUAGAUUUGGCUUUACUCCAGGGCCGCGAACCCUGAGCUCCAGCACAGGCCUUGCAAAUCCUGUUCUAAAGUGUGUGGGAAGUGUUCUCAAGCCAAACACCACCACAUAUUUUUUUAAGCCAUCUUUGUAAAGAAUGCUCUCUCUCUCUCUCUCUGUGUGUGUGUGUGUCACUUUAAAGAUGAUUUUCCCUAAGUGAGUUGGAGAAUAAAGUCUGAAACAAGCAUCUGUUAACAGGAGCCCUCCUGGCAAGAAUUUCUACUGCGCUCUGGUCUAUUUUGGGAAAAGGGGACUGGAAGUCAUGCGUCCUUCCUGCAGUGGUGCACAUAAUCUACCUCAGGGACAACACUGCAGAACUUUUAGCUGCCCUGAUGAUUUUAAAAGGACCUCGUCUCCUCAGGAGCAGUAUUUGUUAACCCAAAGAAGGGCAGCAGUUUGACACGACAGAACAGCAAAUCUGCCAAUUUCAGUUCCCCAUGUUUCUACAGCAGUGUAGAAUUUUCUUUUUAAAGUCCUUGUGAAAAUUCAUCCACAUUUUUAGGGCAAAUUUCUCCUAACACAAACCUUUUCAUAUGCAAUCUUACCACUAACAUACACAUUUUUGCAAAGCAAUUUUCCUCCAGGUAAUGCAUCUUUUGUAUGUUGUUUUCAUUUUUAGCCCAGCCUGUGCAUUUUUGUAAACACUGUUUGGCCCUGCAAAAUUCAGAGAAGCGCCAAUUUUGAAGGAUGGCCAUGUUUCGGAUUGUUGUCUUGUUUAAAAAGCUACAAGUUACAUAUGCGAACUGCUUCACAUGCGAACUGAAUCGAGUUUCUCCUCCAUCCCCAUCUGACAUUCUGUCUGUAACAGGAAGUCUGUCUUGGGCCCUGGAAUAUCCAAACAAAAACUGGCAAGACAUCUUCUAGUUAUGACACUACCGUUCACAUUCAAAACACAGCCUGCAGUCCUGUAGCCAUGUUUGAGUGGAAAGCCUGGCCACAGCCACUCAUGCAUAGGUUACUUCAAGGCUGGAUUAAUGCAAUGCGCUCUCUGUGGGCCCUCCCUUGUGCCUGAUCCGGAAUCUGCAGUUAGUGCAGAAAGCUGCAGCACAACUGCAAAGAGGAGUGAGAUCUUGUCAGCGUUUAACACCUGUGGCCCACCAACUUCAGUCUACUUGCAACCAGUCAGCGGGAGGCUCUGCUCAAGCGACUGUUGUCCUCCCUGCCUUCCACUCUUCCAAUCCCAAAGGGUCCAGCCACCCUUGGGAGCUACCAAGCUCCGAUCUCUGUGCUCCUACAUAUGCAAUGCUUCUGGCAGAAAGAAAAACAAAAGCAAAGCACGUCAGCUGUUUUUCAGUUCAUGCCAGACAUGGAUACAGGCUCGACUUUUUGUUGUUAAGGGACUCCCAAAAUUUCAUUUCAGCCUUGGCGCUUUGCCAGGAAGGCCUUUCCAUCUUGGUCAGGUUAAAGAUUUCUCCUAAAGUUGAUUAGUUCUGUCGAUUUUUAGAGCGCAUCUAACUCUUUCGUUAAUUGGGCAGAGCGUCAGUUUUGCGUAAAACACCAAUUGAUAUUUUCUCCGUUGGAUUCGUUGCUGGAAUGGAUUUCUCCUCACUGCACGUCAUCGAGGGGCAGCCUUGGCUGAAAGGCAUUCCUGUGUUUGCAACGGGCAAACUGUUUCUACCGUAGGCUGGUGGUUGUGACCUGGGCUAAGAGCCAGCUAUGAGCUCCAUUUUCUCCCACCACAAGUUCAUUUUUCUAUCAGACACAGUUGGCUCAUCUUCUAAACUGGGAGCAUAAAUACCCCCAAUCUCCCCCAUGCAAAAAAACAAGUUCUGCAUAACCCAAAUGCGAUCAGAAAAUUAAUUUUAGCUUGCAACUACAAUCUUCAAAACACUUACUUGGAAGCAAGCCUAGUUAAAAUCUAUACGAUCUCUUUAUCAGAGGCAGCCAACAUGGAGGUCUUCAGGUGUUGACAGUCUCCAGCUCCCACCAACUCCAGCCAAUGUGACCUGUUGGUCAGGGAUGAUGGAAGGUGCAAUUCAGCAACAUCUGAAGACCACCAUGUUGGCUACUCUUGAUCUUUAUAAUUUGUUCUCAGUUCCUUAGUUUUAGGUUUUGUGGUGAGCCUUCAGAGCUGACCGGGAGGGGAUGAGCUGCAGAGGGUGGAGGGAGGAGAAGGAAUUGCCAAAAAUGGCUUCCCACCCAUUCUGCUCCUGUAUGCUUUCUAUCAGAGAAGGGAUAUCAAAUGCAAAUUGCCCAUAACAUUUAAUCAAGACGUUCCACUGGGAUAUAGAUUCCAGUAAGAGUCUCUCAGCUAACACAAACAUUCAGCUGUUGCCGUUGUUUUUUUAAAAAGAUGCUUCCUAUAUUCAAGCAGAAUAGCAAGGAUAAUCUAAAGAAGGUGGUCAACAUGUGAAGCUGUCUUAGACUGAGCCAUGGCUAAGUCUUAUUUUCUCUCUGUGUGUGUUUCUCAUUUUUUCUAGUCCUAAACUCAGUUCUUCAUAUGUUCAAAUCAGUUUGCACUUUUUUUUUAAAAAAAGAAGCGUCCUCAUGAAAAUUCAUCAGUGUUUCAGUGCAACGUUUCUCCUAUUAUAUAUAUAUAUGUGUGCAUAUAUAUAUAUAAUAUAUAUAUAUAUAUAUAUAUAUAUAUAUAUAUAUAUAUAUAUAAUUUUUGCCUGAUAUACACUUUUUUAAAAAACUAUUUCCUCUAAUAUGUGUGCUUGGACACUCUUCCCAUCAAUACGUUCAUAUUCCUGCAGACACGCUUUACCCCAGUAUAAGCAUUUUUGUACACAUUACAGAGGUUGGAUGGUCAUCUAUUUAAGUUGAUACUCCUGUCUCACAGGGGGUUGGACUAAAUGACCCUCAGGGUCCCUUCCCACUCUACAAUUCUAUGGCUCUGCUUGCCUCGAGAAAUGCACCGCAAAAUUCACAGAAUUUUGCAAAUUUUGAAGGGUGGCUGUGUUUCGCUUCAUGCCUUGUUUCACAAAGGGCAGACUGUGCAAGUUCGCCGUUCAAUGAGAGCUGAAUCGAAUUUCUCCUCUGCUCCUACUCAGAGUCAUCCCACCGUUGCCUGAUCUUGGCUGGCAAUGGCUUUGCAGGGCUACAAUGUUUGGAGGAGGGUGUGGGAGUCUGGAGAUGAACCUAGGACCUUCUCAACACUAAGCUAUGGCUGACUCUUUCUUCUAGACUCACCCAAACCAAAACUAAUGUUCUAUUUUUUUCAAAAAAAUGUAUCACCACCUGCGGACAACACUGAUCUAGACGGAAAUCUGCAUUCCACCAACCCCCCGUCCCAGAUUGCCCUGUGUAGAGCAACAAGAGUCCUACCUCAGUGGUGAUGCUGGUGGGGUAUAAAAAAAGGCAGAGGGGAAAGGCUGCUUCUUCAGGGCUUGUAUUAGGUUCGGUUUAUAUUCUGGGUCCACACACCACAAAGAACCUUUUCCAUUCACCUAGGAAACAACAAAAGCACCCGUGCUGAUUACGAAGGACUUCUCCCAUUUUGUGUAAGCCGUGUCAGAGGACAGAACCACCACUUCCACAACCGACUCAUUCCAGGAUACCUCCUGCGGGGAAACGGUCCUAAGGCAGCAGCAUAUCCAGUUUGCAAACGUGUGAUGAUGAACUGCCAAUUUCGGUACUUGGGAGACUCUGGGUCGUAGAUGAAAUAUGCUCACGGCAGGCUGGAGGCUGCUGAGACAGACUUGCACCCCAAGCCUGACAAAUUGCACUUCAAAGUAUGUGCACCAUUCUGUACAUCAAGCUUCCUCAAUUAAGGGGGCCUCCCAAUGUUCAGGACCACAACUCCCAUCAGCCCCAGCUAGGAGGCUGUGUUAGAAACUCAGGUAUCUCAGCUAAUCAACAAAUGGCACCUUGAAAUGUGGGUUACGGUUGCCACAAUGGAAUGUCUAGGCAUCUUUUUUCCUGUGGAAUUUGCAAUUUUAUAUAUAUACCAUAUAUACUCGUGUGUAAGCCGAAUUUUCCAGCACAUUUUUUAUGCUGAAAAAGCCCCCCUCGGCUUAUACUCGAGUGAGGGUCCCUUUCGGGCUGCUCCUUCCUCCUCCUCCACCUUUGCCGCUGUCGGCGGAGGAGAAACAGGCAGCCUAAAAGCAGCAAUUUUGGGCUGCUUGUUCUUCCUCCGUCGCUGCCACCACCAGCCUCUGCCUCUUGACAGCACCCUAGGUAGGCAGGGGGACGCGAGGGGCUGGGGGGGAGAGAAGCCCCCUCUGCCGUGUGCACAUGUGCGCGCACACGCACUCCGGCCCACCAGGAGGUUUGUGGUGUGGUGAACCGGCUUAUACUCGAGUCAAUAAGUUUUCCCAGUUUUUUGUGGUAAAAUUAGGUGCCUCGGCUUAUAUUCGGCUUGGCUUAUACUCAAGUAUAUACGGGUAUAUCAUUUCUAUGCCGCUUUAUAUUUUAAAGAAAAAAAUCUCAAAGCAGUUUACAACACAUUAAAACAUCAAAUAAUACAAUCCAGAAUAAAACAAAUACAAACUUCAAAACAUUUCAGAUCCUUCUCUAGGUGACAUUUUCCUUUCCCAAUAUUUACUUACCUACUUAAUUUAUAGAGCUGCCCCAUAGCAGAAGGACUCUAGGAAGCCAGUGUGGUGUGGUGGUUGGAAUGUCGGACUAGGACAGGCCUAAGCAAGCUCUGGCCCUCCAGAUGUUUGGGACUAUAAUUCCCAUCAUCCCUAGUUAACAGGACCAGUGGUCAGGGAUGAUGGGAGUUGUAGUCCCAAAUUAUCUGGAGGGUCGGAGUUUGCCUAUGCCUGGGCUAGGACCUGAGAGAUCAAAUCCCCACUCAGUCAUGAAGCUCAUCAGGUGACCUUGGGCCAGUCGCAGCCUCUUAACCUGCCUCACAGGGUUGUUGUAGGGAUUAACUGAGGAGGGGUGUGUGUGAAUCGUACUCCUUGGAAAAAAUGUGGACUAUAAAUGUAAUUGAUCGCCGAAGAAUUGAUGCUUUUGAAUUAUGGUGCUGGAGGAGACUCUUGAGAGUCCCAUGGACUGCAAGAAGAUCAAACCUAUCCAUUCUUCAGGAAAUCAGCCCUGAGUGCUCACUGGAAGGACAGAUCCUGAAGCUGAGGCUCCAAUACUUUGGCCACCUCAUGAGAAGAGAAGACUCCCUGGAAAAGACCCUGAUGUUGGGAAAGAUUGAGGGCGCAAGGAGAAGAGGACAACAGAGGACGAGAUGGUUGGACUGUGUUCUUGAAGCUACCAGCAUGAGUUUGACCAAACUGCGGGAGGCAGUGGAAGACAGAAGUGCCUGGCGUGCUCUGGUCCAUGGGGUCACGAAGAGUCGUAAACGGCUAAACAAUAACAACAACAAUAAAUGCAAUAAAUAAGCUCUUCCUCUUACCUGCUCCAGCCAGAUGGAGAUGCCAGUCAGCAACCUGGCAUCCAGAGAUCUCCACAUGGGAGCAACUGGACCUGCGCCAGUAGCAAAAUGCGCCUGGUCACCUGUCUAAUUUCUAACAUUGCUAGGGGGUCAUAGUCCAGCAAUGUCUAGAGGGUGCCAGGUUGAGCAAGGCUGCCAUUCACACACCAAGAUUCUACCAAAUCUCCUGCAACAUCACAACCAUCCUAUGUACUUAAUGGGGCCAAUGCACAGGUUAACCUUUUUAAAACAUGGCGGCCACUCACUUCCAGGCACUUAAGACAGGUUUUUCCAACAGCUUCUGCCUGGCACCCACCACACCGGAGGGGGAAAAAAUUAUCAACCUUACACAGUUCCUUGGGACAGGGACAGUCCUUCAGAAAGGCACAGGGACAGGUGCUGCCCUCCAGGUGUUUUUCUGGCUAUGCUGGUGGGGUCUGAGGAAAGCUGCAGUCCCAACAACAUCUGCACAGCACCAGAUGUUGGGAAAUAAGUGUUUGUUUGCAAACUCCAUCCCCAGCCCCCUACCCCAAACACUUUCCCAUCAGAUCCAGGAAGCAAGUUGAAAAGCGGGAGGAGAAGGGUCAAGCUGCCAGCUGAGAGAACAUCUCUCUCGGCAGAUCGAUGGAAAACCUCAUGUUUCAUGACAUCCCAAACAUCCUACUCAACGCCUGCCACAGUAUCAAGGCAUGAAACCAUCAGCAAUCCUGAUUCAAACCCUAAGAAACACGACUGUUUUGAAUACAGUUCGAUUUUACAGCAACAGAGGAACCACAACGCUACCUCACGCCAAGCUAGGCAGCUGGUCCCUCUACAUCAGUGCUGUCUACACCUAGAGAACCUCAAGCUCUCCAGAUCUCUCCACCAGGUCCUCAGCACCCUCCCCAAAUCACAUACCUCCUCCAACCACCGCCCUCGCCAGAGCUGCUUUGCACCCUCUUCAAAAGCUUUUGACUGGCUGGAAUGUGGCCUUGAACAGAGGUUGGCCAGCCAUCUGUCAUGGAUGCUCUUGCUGAGAUCCUUGCAUUGCAAGGGGUUGGAGUAGAUGACCCAUGGGGUCCCUUCCAAAUCUACAAGUCUAUGAAAGCCUCUUGCUCUCCAGGAUGGAGAACAGAGAAGGUGUAGAAACUAGCCUGCGUCACGAUGAGAAAACGGGCAUCCGUUGCUGCACUUGCUUUUGCACCUGGUCCUGCCCACCAUGGGCAGGAGCUCCGCUGCCCCGAAGCCAGGAUAAACGACAAUUCUAACUUCUGUAACAGCAGGCUCUAAAAGAAAUUAUCUGAUAGGUUUGGCAUAGAAUCUGCCUUCUCUCUCACACACACACUCCCACAAACCCUUGUUAGAACACCAUGUUCUUAACAGACAUACUAAAUAGAAAGCAACAAGCCUGCUGAACUUUUCUAUGGGUGGGCUUCAGUACACGGAGAAAGCCUUGCCCUGCCCUUGUUCCCAGACAACCUAAAAUCAGGCAAAAAUAUGGCAAGUCCACAGGGAGACAGUGGCCCAAAUGCUGGUUUUGCCGGAAGUUGUUCUGGCUGGUUUGCUGCUUAUAGGUGGGGUCUGCAAUGAUGUGUUGCAGCGUGCAGUGCUCCUGUUCAGGGUUCCAGCAGGGAUACUCCAUUCCAUUCCUCGCCCUCCACUUUCAAAUCCACCCCUUUCCCCAAGAGACAUGCCACAUUCUGUGUGCACCAGAAAAAUACCAGGGGGUAUUUCCCCCCGCUACGUAAAACAAUGGUAGUUAUGGGUGACUUUAAAGAGGAUCAGAGAAACUCAUGGAAGCUAAGGCUAUCAAUGGCCUCUAGCCAAGAUGGCUGUGUUCCUCCCACCACUGCUGGGGGAUUGUGCCUCUGAACACAAUUGCUGGGCAUCAGAAGUGGGGAGAUGGCUGUUGCCCCAGGUCUUGCUUGUGGGUUUCCCAUAGGCAUCUGGUUGGCCACUGUGAGAACAGGAUGUUGGAUGAGAUGGGCCUUUGGCCUGACUGAGUGGGGCUUUUCGUAUGACGAUUCAGGAACCGAAUAAAUAUCUGAACCAAGCUUUAAUCCCCGUGAUGAUGUUCAAGGCCGCAAGAUAGACAUUUUUGGCUUGCCUGAGGCAGCCUCCUCCUCCUUUUUACACAGGGGUAGAGCAACUACUCUAUCCCGAACUUAAAAAUGGAAAGCGGAAUGCUGGUGGUCAACGAAAGAGGUUUAAAGACUCUCUCAAGGCAAAUCUUAAAAAAUGUAGUAUAAACACCGACAAUUGGGAAACCCUGGCCUGCGAGCGCUCCAGUUGGAGAACAGCCUUUGCCAGAUGCUCAAACAUUUGAAGAUGCUCAAACUCAGGAUGAAACGGAGAAACAUGCUAAGAGGAAGGCACGCUUGGCAAAUCCACACCAUGAUCAAAUCCUGCCCGGAAACCUAUGUCCCCACUGUGGAAGGAUGUGUGGAUCCAGAAUUGGCCUCCACAAUCACUUACGGACUCACUGUUAAUGGAAGACAGUUUUACUCAGCUAUGAGUGAUCGAAGGAGGAGAAGGAGAGGGGUUUACGUGUGUAACUCAACCAUUCUGCUUCAAAGCGCCUGCUGGAAGCAAACCAUCGCUGAAAAACUAAGAAGUGUUGAAAGCAGUAAUGGAUACAAUUAAUAGCGUAAUUUCUUAAUAGCAGGUUUGCUUGCAUUUCUAAUGGUAUCUCAUUUGGAAAGGCCGUGUGGAAAAGGGUGCUAUGGGCUUCUUUCUCUUCAGGCAACGAAUUAACGGAGCCUGUUUCAAAAUAACAACCAUUCGUUCCAUUUGCAUCUCGAUCUUUCUUCUGGGUGCUCGAGGCAGCUCUUAUUUAUUUAAUUAACUGCAUCUGCACCCCAAAUUUAUUCUCCAAGGAGCUCAAAGUGGUGUCCAUGGUGCUUCCACACCUCCUUUAAAUCCUGAAACAACCUUUAAAAAUGGAAAAAGAUGAAGUCCCAACGAAAGAAGAAUGGUGAACAAAGAUGAUUGAAUACACUGAGAUGGCUAGACUUAACUGUGAUAAUUAAAGAACAGAAUGAAGAAAAAAUUAUUGAAGAAUGGAAAUAUUUUCAAAUAAAUAUCAUGGUUAUGCAGGAUUUAAAGUGCAGCAGCUGAUAGUGGUAGUUUAAUCAUUUAUGAUUAACAUAGGUAAUGGCUAAAAUAUAAGUAAUAUAGCAGCUUUCUAAGGUACGAAAAGAACACAACAGAAGGGUGGGAAGUCAGCUAAUAUGAGUUACAUGUUCUGAUAGUUGUUUAAAAGAAUUUAUAAAGUUUGGAAAGCUAAUUUAAAAAUUUUCUUUUUAAAAAAUAAUCCCUGCAACAACCCCAUGUGCUCAGUUAGGCUGGGAGGCAGUGACUGGGGCCUAGGGCCAUCUAGUGAUCUCCAUGAAUUUGAACCCUAGUCUACAAGGUCCUAGUCUAACCCUGUAACCACUACCCAACACUGGCCAGCAUCUGUACUAUGCAGUGGGAGUUUCAGGACCUGGUGAGCACCAGGUUGCCUACCUUGGGAUCAGUGGCAGAUAAUAUGGCUUGCUUGUGGAAGAUCCCAGGUUCAGACCCUGGGGUAUUCAGGUUUUAGGUGGCUGGCUACAAAAGGCUACCACCUAAGACCCCAUCCUACUUGGUAUGGAAGGCAACUUCAUCUCCUGAAAGUAUUACAGCUUUAUCCGAUCGUCCUGGCCAGUCACUUGAGUUCAUCAUCACCAGAGGUGAAGCUGAAAUCACUCCCCUGAAUGUACUUCUUAGAACUCAGCUAUUUGUUGCUGGACCGCAGCUCCCACAAUUGCUAACUAUUGGCCAUGCUGAUGAGAGUUGGAGUAGGCUCGCUACCCCUGCUAUAAAGGAUCUCGCAGGUCAGCUCCUUGCCUAGGUUAUCAGAAAUAAGUCAGUCUACUUUCAGCGGCCGUUAUUUCUAAAUACGCUUGGAAAUAGCAGCCUUUGUCUUGAAGGUAACACCUGUGUGUUACAAGGGAAGCUGCGAUCCCAAUCCCAAAAUGUGAUGCUUUGUCCGAGCAGACAUUUUUGUAGCGGUGAUGAGAAUAUAAACAGGGAGAAAACCUUCAUGUUGACAAGAUGAACUCCAAGGACCCUUCAGCUUCUAAAAAGUCUAUGAUUUUGAACAAGGCAGGCAGGCUGCACACGUCAGCUAGCUAAAUAAGAUGAACUGCAGAAACACACUGGAUUGGGAAGUUCCUGACUCACCCCUAGCAUCUUCACAUUGCCAAAAACAGAAAAUAAAACCAACUUUCUUUUCCUUAAAGUGAGCAUUUCUUGAACAUCUGUCAUACCCUGCCUCCACUCCAUGGGAAAGCAAAAUAAGCAGGUUUUGCAUCACUUGCACUAUUUACUACUGGUCUUUUACAAAUCAUAGUUCCAAAAGACACGCUUGGAAAUUUUUAACCUGGAAGCCAAUAGCAGUUCUCACCAGCUCCAAGAGUAGCAGGGGAAGGAGAGGGAGCAAUAAAUAGGCUUGCUUUUAAGUUCAGAUCUUGGCCACUUUUGCACCCCUAUGUCCACACUUCUUUCUGCAUGAGAGAGCAAUGGGCCAGUGGUGGUAAUAAUAAUAAUAAUAAUAAUAAUAAUAAUAAUAAUACCCUGCUAUCUGACUGGGUUGCCCCAGCCACACUGAUAGGGCAUAUGCUCAAUCUAUAGCAUAGAGAGGGAACUCCUGCCUUAAAUACUAAAGAGGUAGACAAUACUGAGCUAGGCAGACCAAUGGCCUGGUUAGUAGAAGGCAUCUUUCUAUCUGCAGUUAGGUUUGACCUGAAAACUGGGUCCAAUUUAGCGGAAGCACGGCCCUCAGGUGAGAAACACGCCCUGCUCCAGACAGCUACCCUGGCUAUAUAACAAAGCCGAGUUGUGUUAUUUCAGCAGAUCUGAUCUGCGCACGUAUCCUGUUUCCAUUGCAUAAGCAGAUCCUCUGUGAGGAACUCCAAAACCGGUUUUGCAGAGCAACUUAGAAAAGCGGCAGUGUUCUUCCCCUUUGAUACUCCUGAGUUCGGGUUGCAUCAACACGCACACACGUGUGCCUUGUACGUGCCUUCAUGCCUGAGCUUAAAAAAAGAGAAAAGACGGAGGAAAGAGAGGUUCCUCCCUCCCCCCCCUCCUGCCCGCCCCCACCCCCAGCAAAUGGCACACCACCGGAUCAGCAGGAACACAACCUCGGCAUCGUGGCGGCGGCAGCCUCUCGCAAGCCAGCCAAGCAAGAGGAAAUGCUGCCAUGGCAACACAAACCAGGCUGCUAUUUGAGCCCAUACUUCACACGCUAAGCUGUCUCUACCCCCCCCCCCCCCGCAAACAGCACAACUUUCAAAUAACUAAUCUCUUCCACUUUAGGAAGCGGGGCUGACGCAACAUGCAAUUUCCAGCUGUUCUGAAACAACCACAUCCUUCCCCAGGGCGGACAGGCUCUGAAAGGUACACCCAAAAGAGCUGGCAAAAGCCUGAGUCACCUGGGCAGGUACCAAAGCAAGGAAAGCAACAAGAGUGGGCAAGCAGGGCACCAAUAUUAACUUCUGCGGCAUGUCUUACGCUUGUGUGUAAUUAUUACUGAGUCAUCAGUGUUCAGAAAGGGAGGAAGAGGGUGCCUGUCCACUCCCUUGGUUACCAAUACACAGACGCAGACAUUGACGGCACCCGUUCCAAUGAUCUCAAUUUACUGGAGAUAGUCCCUUGUAUCCUGCUACCUGCCGCGGGCAGUGUUAGACACUGAGAUAUGAGAGCUAGGAGAUAAAUGGCACCUUCAUCCUAGGUUAUGGGCGCAACAAUGGAAUGUCUAGGCACGCUUCCUUUAACAACAAGAAUACAGUGCUGAAAAUGGAUGAACUGCAUCUAAAACAUUAUGUUCAUUUUUCAAAGGGUUUAGUCCUUCCCCUGCCCACCCCCCCCUAAUAUUCUUAAGAGGAUCUCUUCUCCAGUCUUCAGAGAGUAGCUGGAAGUGGGAAGGCAGAAAAAGGUCCUCCUUUCCUUCCACUCUGCAGUUUUAAUCUGAAAUCUUAGGUGCAGAGCUCAGAAACGGCUCUGGGAUGGCCUGGGACUCGGGCUCAGACUCGGAACCAAAGGAGUCUCAGUCUGCACCGGAUCCUUUGCCUCAGGCAUCAUCUGAACCAAGUCUGGGGCCUGACCCUGAAGAGUCCCAGUCUGCACUGGUUCCCCUGCAACAAAUGCCAGCUGGGCCGAGUCAGGGGCCUGAGCCUGCCCUGGCUCCAGAUGCGGGGAUUACCUCGUUACCCUCUGCUGGGCAAUCACUUACAGCUGCUCCACUACCGGUUGGGUCAGGGGAGGCUGAGGCGGCCCCUGAGUCUAGUAACCCACCGACGUCUCCCGAGAUGCAGAGACUAAGGUCUGAGAGAAGGAGAGACCUGAGUUGUCACAGGAGGAGUGCUUGCCUUUGGGUGAAACAGGGAGGUGAGUCGCCGGGGGAUCAGGACCGGCCAUUACCCUGACAAAGAUAAAAGACUGUUGGACCCUGCCCCAGGUUGCGGGAGCAAUACUGCUGUAUGCCAGACCCUGCCUGAGAUCCUGUACCUGUCCUUGCCUGGUUUCCUGCCUUGUGUCCUGCCUUGACCCUGUCGGACUGUCUCCUAGCGGAGCCUAUGGAUUCUGGACCAGACCUGGGCCGCGGUUCUGUGGUUACCCCUGGGCCCAGCACAGGCUCGUGCUAAUGAAAUUCCAUGUCGCAAAUUGCACCUAGAACAAUGGGAGCUUCGAACACUGGCUGCAGGUAAGUUAUCUUCCUUGCAUGAUGCUCUUGCCCAUCCAUGGACAGACCUACGAGGGUCUCCGUAAGCCAACAAACUCUUCCAAAGUGGUGUUUCUUUUUCUUCCCCUAAACUGCAAGAUCCUUCCUUGAAACAAGGACACCUAGCAGAAGUCCUCCACAUGCCCUAUCUACGACAACACUCUUCUCCAACUCGAUGCUAUUGUGCUCCAGCUCUGACCAGCCCCCAGCCAGCACGGCCAAUGAUCAGGAAUGAUGGGGGUUGUAGCCCAGAGACAUUGAGAGGGCUCCAUACUGAGGAAGGCUGUGCUAGAAAGACACCAUCUGCUUCUGGGGAGCAAGACGAGCCUGAGGUUUGCUCCCAAUACUGCAGCUACAAACUCUGGAGAGGCGGGCAAAGUUAGGUGGAAGCCCAAUUUGUUUUCAAUUCUACCAAUUUGUUUUCAAUUCUACCAAUUUGUUUUCAAUUCUACCAAUUUGUUUUCAAUUUUACCAUGGCAAACUAAAAAAAAAAAGUUGCAAAAACAGACCAAAUAAAACUAUUGUUGCACGUUGCUAAUAAAUACUGAGAUUCUGAAGCAUCUCCCUACCCAGUGCCUCUCAGCCUCCUAGCUCUCAUCCAGGCUCCCAAGAAAACUAAGAUGACCCGACAAGGUCACACAACAAAGAGGAUUCCAGGAACCUGCUGACAUCAGCCUAGUCCUAGGUGGCUAGGGUGCUAGAUGGGUGCCUGUAGGAACUGAUGGGUGGACCGGAUGUGGAGCAACAAACUGAAACCGUAUUCUGAAAAACCGUAUUCUGAAAAGACAGAGGUGUUACAUGUUCCAUGUUCUCCAGCCCAGGAGGUGGGAAGAAGGCCUGGUCAGGAUGGGGCCGCAUUCCCCUGGAAGGAAAGUGUCAGUCUUUUUGGACAGCGUCAAAAUACCCUUUCUUGGUUUGACUGCAGGGAACUGAACAGGGCUACUCCCUCUCAAAAGUGUAGGGCAACAAAAACAUGGUUUGCGUCUGUGUGUUCCAACAAAACAUCUGAAUCAAAGGAAGUUCCACCAUCUUUUCCCUUAAACCAACAAGCAAAACAAACUGGUUACGGUUUUGGUUUUUGUUUAAAAAUCAACAAAAGGAAGAGCAAUAAGCGCCCAGUUCUCACCUUGCCGUGGCUUCUCUCCACCUUCCGGAAACACUUGUUCAAGGAAAGAUUAUGCCGGACCGAGUUCUUCCAGCCAGUGGGGGCCGUGGCAAAAUACGGGAAGCGCUCCAGGAUCCAGCUGUAGAUUUCUUUCACCGGCAAGCUCUUGUUGGGCGAAUGCUCUAUCGCCAUAUAGAUGAGGAGACUAAAGGAAUAGGGGGGCUUUGAUGUGGCAGAUUUCUUCUCGGGGUUGGAAUAGCAGGAAGAAGGGUAGGAUGGCACACUGUCGCCCUCGAUGUCGUACAGGGGGCUAACCACCGGAAGACCCUCACUUCCGAGGCUGAAGUUUGUUAGGAGGUUCGUGCUUUCGUGAAGCCAGUUCAAGUUUGUGAGCUCAUCGUCGGCCAGUUCGCUAUCCACGGCCGUGGCCUUCGGCCGAGCCGCAUCCACCGCCUCCGGCAAGCUCCCCAUUCUUUGGAUGUGCCGCAGCCCCGCGGAUUUCUCUGCCCCCGGCGUUUCAGCUUUCUUGUCCGGAGUCAUUCCAGUUACUGGACCCAUUUAAUCUUGUUGGCCUAGAGACAAGGGAGAAAGCUUUUAUAGAAGCGUAAGGAGAGCCUGCUGGAUCAGGCCAGAGGCCCACCUGGUCCAGCAUUUUGAACGCAGGAUCCAAGCACAGGAAUUAAUAGAAUCAGAGAAUUGGAGGCGACCCUGAGGAUCAUGUAGUCCAACCACCCGCAAUGCCCCUGUCCCCAUAUGGGGAUCAAACCUGCAACCUUGGCGCUAUCUCUGCUCUCCUGUGGUUUCCAGCAACUGGCAUUCAGAAACAUACAGUGGAGAACAGAGUAUAGCCAUCAUGGUUUGAAGCAGAAAGCUGCCUUAUAGAUGAACGGAACUAUUGGUCCGCCCAACUGCGUAUUAUGUACAGCAGCACCAGAGGUCUGGGAGAGAACCUCAGGCCCAGGGGUGGAUUGCGGCCCUCUUGGCCUCUCCAUCUGGCCCUCAGGACUCUCCCAUGGUCACGCUAACCCUGUUUUGUAGCCUCCUUUCUACCUGGGCUGGAACAUGUCCUUGAUCUCUUAUGAGGCCUCUUGCUUGGAGGACAGAGAAGGAUCUGAUAGGAUGCACAGAAACUAGCCCACUGUACAAGGUAGAAAAUUUCAUCCCAUCCUCUGCCCAUUUUUGCAUCUAAUUCACCCGACCACUGCUAUGCGGUCCCCAGAAGGCUGCCCAGAACAGAAUACGGUCCUCAGGCUGAGUCGGGUUCCUCAACCCUAGUUGAAAGUAACUGGCAACUGGUCUCCAAGUGCCAUGGACUGGCUGGGUGAAGGCACCAGUCAGGGAACAUUCAUGGGAAAAAGGCUCAGAGCCAGGGGAUUGUGUGACCACGAGUGGUCAGAGGGAGAAGAGAGAGCAGGCUGGGAGGAGGUGGUGUCGGAAGCUGAAGAGGCAAGAGGGUUUAGUGAGCAGGAAGAGGCCAUGGCAGAGAGCAGUUCAGACUCCACCUCGGAGGCUGGAGAGGAGGCUGGCCAAGAGGCAGAGUGGACACAGGCUGCUGAAGAAUCCAGGGAGUCUCCUUCUUUGAGCAGCUCCCCUCUACCUGGUUUCCCAUAACAUGGAGAGAAAUUAAGUAGGCAGAGCAGAGGAUGACUGUGUGCAGACACGGCCUGAGACCGCGUGGGAAAGGCCCUGGAGAGGUGGAGGCCUAGUGGCUACUGGGAAGGCAGAGACCUUCAGUCCUCGCAACUGUUUCAUCGGGACAAGACCUCCUGGGAAGAGUUGCUGAGACCACUAGGCCAGAGCUGUGGGUUGUUCCCUUGAACAAAGAGAUAACUCCACUGGCCUGGAGUGAUGCAUUGCUUUGUUGCUGACCUACACCUGAAUCCGGCCCUGACACCAAGGUUUCAGGGAGGAGUCUUGAACCCAGAACCUCCUGUGUGCAGAGAGCACUGAGCUACGGCCCUUUUCCUGAGAGGACAGCUCCAUGUUUUUUGGAGAAUUAAAGUGCGUAAUAAACUGCCAACCUGAAUUUUAAUAUUUUUUUUAUUAUUGCGGUGGGUGCAUAGAAGGCGAUACUGUUUGGGCCAUCUUUGCUCGGCUCCUUUCCACCCACCCACCCUCAACUCGCUUAUUGGCAACUGUGUAUUCAUUUGCCUGCAGGCGCCACUAUGAGGAACAAGUCCUUUGCCAUCCUUUCUGUCCCUCGUAUUAAUAUUUGAUACGAUGCGUCGUAAACGGUUGCUCUCAUAAACAGUAUUAAAACCGUGGGUUGCUCUUAACCAUCCCCCUUUGGCGGUGUGGCUGAAUCUGAGACGCCAUUUCCCACUGGGGGGCAUUUUCAUGGCAAAAGCUCAAUGUGAGCUCUUUUGAGCUCAUUGGAAGGCAGGAAUAUAAAGAAAGUGUGGUAUUGGCUGGCCUGCCAUUUCUGAAGGAAAUGCAAUUUUGGGGGGCUCAGUGGCAACACACUCACUACUACGGCAUUGGCAGGUAAAGAUGGACAUUAUGGGUUGCGCUUUAUUUUAAUAAAAGAAAGAGGAGGGCAAAAUUCCAAGAGCUCUCGCUUUCUUUGCUAUGUAUUCAAGCUCUGAGAAAGAAAAACUCCUACAAAUCUGAAGUACGGUUGGAAAUGAAAUGGAGGAGGAAGAAGCAUUCACCUAGCAGUGGAAGGCACUGACUGGAUAGCAUCCAUGACGUCAGCAUCCAUGACGUCACAGGCACACAAAUAUCCAGAGCCGUUUAGCGCUUGCAGGUGAAUAAUCCACUAUAACGACUUCUGCUUCAAAUUAACCACUUAAGUAUUAAAACAGAUAAAAAUAUGAUUAACAAUUGAAAACAUCAACACACACACACACACACACACACACACACACACAUAAAACUCAACAGGCCAAGAAGCUUUGUAGUUUGAGGUGGAGGGUCAUCAGUCACCAACGGUGCUUGUGGAACCACAAUUAUGUGCAGCAUCCACCAAUGCUAAAGAUUUGGGAAUGGGUAACAUUUAGACACACGCUGCCAUGAAAAUGAAGUUUCUCUGUUGCAAGAGAAAUUCUCUCCACUUCCAGUAUUCCUCAUGUCCUGAAGUCGGAAGACACCUCCAAGAAAGAUGGUUGGAUCGCUAGCAACCACAAAGUAACAACCAGGCAAUUACUGCAUUAAAAAUGUCAACUAGCAAGGCCCAAAUAAAGCUGAACCUUCAAUAUUGUUCAGACCCAUCAAGGAUGACUUGGCUUGCCUACACCGAAUUGUUCCGUAGGCAGGAGGACAGAUUGCUGCUCCCUGGAGAGAUAUAAGCUCCCUGAUAUACAAGCUCUCUCUAAAUUAAAAUAUUUCAUAAAAAGGUUUACCACCAAUAUGUUAAACUUGCAGAUUAUGGUCCAAACACAUAUACUCAUAGAAAAAAAAGAUACUUUUUUUUUUUACUAUUUCCUGCAACUACUUUAAUUAAAUUCUGCAUCAAAAACCACUUAAGCAUUUGGUAAGCUAUAAAGAAGCAGAAUUUAUAUUCUCUGUGCAUAUAUAAAAAGAAACCUGUCUUCAUUUCACAGUGGGAACCCACAGCCAUAUCAGUGUGAAUCAAACAGAGUUAUGACAUCUAAUCAAGGCAAGGUUUCUAUAGCAAUGGCAAAGCGAUUUCUUCAGACCUGGCUAACAGGCAGCUGAUACGCAAACAGAGCACGCAAUGCCUUUACAUGCCUUAUAUCUUGGGCAUCCACAAAACAAAACUGAAAACCUGAGAGGUACAUUGAUGUUUACUUUUAUUUCAUUUUUUUUAAAGAUGGGGAACCGAGCUGAGGGUACAGUCAACUUUCCCAAAACCACCCAUAACCCACAACUCUUUGCCAUGCAGAAUGGAGGCUGUGCAACUCGCAAUAGCUUCUCCAUAGGAUUGAGAGAACUGUCCGAAAAGCAUAGGGGGGUGGGCUGCAGUAUGAAUGGGUGGAAAUAGCAUUCCCCUACUUUCUCGAGCAGGAGCUUGCAUUAGAACUCAGUUCCUCCAUGAGCAGGAGGAGCCCGUCCAUUCAUAAAAGGGACACUUUGGGGACAACCCAUUGUCCCAAACAUCCAGAAAUAACACAUGGCACAACAUCAUCACCCCCAUAUAUUGUUAAGGACUUGCAUAGAAUCUUGUUAAACAUUAAGAGUAUUUCACACACAAUUCAGAAACACAUACUGCAGAUUUGGGCGGCGGUGGGGGGAGGCAGAUACACUGAGAUUAAGAAACAGCAGCCCAGUUAAAACAUCUUAUUCCAAUUUUCUCAACAGCCUUUGUACAUUCUGCCCCACAAGUGUGGCUUCCCAACUCAUUCCCAUGAUGCAAGGCCAUUAAACACUAGACCACGGUCUGAAGAGGGUUGACAAACCCUAGUUUGGAGACUGGCUAACUUAGUUGGCACGAACCUCCAUACUAUGGUUUGCAAACCUGUCUCAAACCAUGACGUGAGUUGGUACUGACAAUACCUUUCCUGGUAGGACAACAUGGCAAACUGUGGCUAGAGCACUUGGGAAAGGAUGUGAGCUUCUGUGUCACAUUCCCAAGCUAAACCAUAGGAUCAUAUGAAGCUAAUUUAGAAUGGACAAGAUGACGUGCCUACCUAGCCCUGCCUUCCCGAAGCCAGUACCCUCCAGAUGUUGUCGGAUUAAAACUCCUGUCAGCCCCAACCAGCAUGAUCCCUCUGAGAUAUCAGGUUGAGAGAGGUAGAUCAAGUCCUUUCCUUAUAUAGAUAGAGUGGCUGCGGAAACCCAGCCAGAUGGGCAGGGUAUAAAUAAUAAAUUAAUAAUAAUAGUUGUUGCUAUUAUUAUUAUGAAAAGAAAAACUGUUAAUGUACUAAUUUUUAGCACACUCCAAGAGAUUUAUCAUGUAUUUGUGCAUGCUUGCUAGGGGAAGUAACCUGAAGUCAGGUGUUUGGAACUGCCCAGGCGGACAGAUAUCAAACCCGUUUACUGAGCAGCAAAUUUAUUUUAUGAAUAAAAUCUCACUGUGGAAUUUCUCCCCAAUGGAAAAAAAAAAUUCCCACUACACAAGACUGCUCUGAGGACCCUCACACAUCCUUCUCUUUAUAGGAGUAAAAUCAGUCAGCAAGAGUGUUGGAUAAAGAGGGGAUAACUGAGCAAGAGAACUCGCAGCAUUCCUAAAUAGAGUUGUGUUCUGGCUUCCUGCUUGUUCAGCACUGCACGUUCCAAUUGGCCUCUGAACGGCUGGACUGCGGCCUCAUUAUGCCAGAACUUAAACCUUUGGCAUUUAAUACCAGAGUGCAUUAUGUUGCAAUGCUCUUUAGGGUGUGUACCUGCAUGAGAGUGUAGGUGGGGGCAGGGAAUCAGGAGGCGCAGGAGGGUUAUUCCCAGACUUGUCAUUACGAUCUGACAUCCCAUAAAACCUGUUUUGCCUCCUGGGCAAAAGAGAGAGGAAGUCUGCGUAAAAACAGACACGACUAUUUUACACUGCUGAACAGCAUUCAACCUCCGUGUCAUAGUUGGACAUGCGCAUCCCCUUGUCCCCUGCUUCUGAGUACCAGUGGCUCAAAAUCACAGGAGCAGAGAGCUCUUGUGCUCGAAUCUUGCUUAUGAGUUUUCCACAGGUAUCUUGCCCGGCCACUGUGAGAAUGGGAUGCUGGACUAGAUGGGUCAUUGGCCGGAUCCUGCAGGCUCUUCCUAUGUUCAUGUUAGGUGGUAUCUCCAGGAAACCCUCACCUGCAGAGCACAGUGAUGGAUUGGAUAUCAGUGUCAGAAACUAAUCGCCAAAUGGCACAUUAAACCUAGGUUACGGUUGCCACAAUGGAAUGUCUAGGCGCCUUUUUCCUCCACAAUGAAGUUUGUUAGUAUUAUUAUUCAUUUCACUUCUAUGCCGCUUUAUAUUUUAUAGAACAAAUCUCAACACAUUAAAACAUCAAAUAGAACAAUCCAGAAUACAGUGGUGCCUCGCAAGACGAAAUUAAUUCGUUCCGCGAGUUUUUUCGUCUUGCGAAGCACGGUGUCAGAAAAGUUUUGGAAAAGCUUCAAAAAUCACCAAAGUCUUCAAAAGCCUCAAAAAAGGCUACCACACCGCGUUCUAUGAGUUGCUCCUCGAAGUCAAGUCGCAACUGUAUUAACGGUUUUAAGAAAAAGGAAACAAACUUGCAAGGCGUUUCAGUCUUGCGAAGCAAGCCCAUAGGGAAAAUCGUCUUGCGAAGCAACUCAAAAAACCAAAAACCCUUUCGUUUUGCGAGUUUUCCGUCUUGCGAGGCAUUCGUCUUGCGAGGUACCACUGUAAAACAAAUUCAAGCUUCAAGGGGAAAUAUUUCAGAUCCUUCUCUAAGGGGCAUUUUACACCCAGAGAUCUCCACAUGGUUGCAACUGCACCCGUGCAAAACACGCCUGGCAACUGUCUAAUUUCUAAUACUGUUGGGUAUGUGAGACAAUCUUUCCUGCGAGACAAUCUUUCCUGAGUGAUAUUACCAACAGAUGUACUCAAGAGUAGACCCACUCAAUUCAUGAACAUGAUUGCGUUUGCUCCAUUCUUUUCAAUGGGUCGACUCAAAAGUAUAAUUUGGUGGAAUACAACACUUUCGAAACAGACUUUUCUUCCAGGAACUUCUCUAAAUUUCCUUUAAAGCAGUUGGGCAAACAGGAUCGCAGUAUUUUUUUAAAAAAAGGCUUUAGUAUCACAAAAUUCUUACGCUACUAAAUCACAAUCAUCAUCCAAAGGUCUUCUGGUAUUUCACAACAAGGCAUUCUGAAUCUUUAUUUUCUUCCCCAAGCGUCACAACCUCUAAACCAGGUGUGGAGAUUCAGCUGGUGUCUGAACCUGGAAGACAGAAUCUCAGUCUGACAUUUGGCACAGAUCUCAUUACAACACCUGUGUGCUAGGGGUGAGGAGAGAAAUAUGUUUCAGUUCUCAUUUAAAGAUAAAUGUGCCUACUCAUGCUUCUGAAACAACACAAGAAAAACUGAAGCACAUCCAUCCUUCAAAACUCACAAUUCUUCAAAUUUUGCAAGACAGUUCUCUGGAGGAGUAAUGUGCACAAAAAUGCAUGCGCUGGAGUAAGGUGUCCAAUAAAAGGCACAUAUUAGUGAAAGCAAGACCUGAAAUUUAGGGGAAAUUGCUCCACAAAACGUGUAUAUUAGGCAAAGUUGCAUGCACACGUGUGUAUCAGGAGAAAUCUGUAUUAUAAUGCUGAUGAAAAUAUUUUUUAAUGCAAACGGAUGGGGAAAUGUGAAGAACUGAAGUUAAGAUCGGGGGGGGGGGGGGAGAGAGAGUGGAAGAAACCAAAAUGGCCAGAUUUGCCCAUCCCAACCAAACACAUAAUUUCCGCUUCCGAUUUGACAAUGGGUGUAGCCUGUCAGGACGGCUCCUAAACUCAAACGCAGACUCCCCACCUGAACGCGACGCACCGAAUUUCAUUCCAACAUCUAAACGCUCCAAUCGAGGCAGACCAACAAACAGGAGAGAGAGAUGUGUUUGGCUCCGCCAUCAGGCCCCUGAAGCACUCAUCCAUUUAAAGCAUAUGUUCAAGGAAAAUCCAAGAGGCGAGGAGCAAAAAAGAGUUACCUUUGUUCCUUCUCUCCCUUUCCCUUUGUUCUCAGCAACUUCCACACAUGUCCUACAUUACGCUGCCCAUCUCACCAGAGCUGCUGUUGAGAUCAGAGGUCAGAUUUAAAUCCCAAAAUGCAACUACAGACGGCCUAUAUUUGAUUACAAUGCUACAUACACCGCCGUGUAUCCAAGACAACUGGAGCAUUAUGUUCUCCUCGGGGAUAAAAAAGGAGGGGGGGGGAGAAGAAACCUGCCUCUUGGUCAUAGUUAAGGCAAGCUGGCACAUCCCUUAGCUGUCUCAUCCCCGCUAGAUGAGAACAUGCAUGCAGCUGUAGUGUUCAUAGCACAAACCACCUGCCUUCUCUCUGGCUGCACUGAUGACAGACAUAAGAUUUUAAGAGCCAGUCCAUCGCCCAAAUAAUAGGUGAGUUGCUUGGGGAUGCUCUUGAAGACAUCAUGGUCCAGGUAGCUGCAGCACCUAGAGGCAUUUUUUACCAACUGUGGCUGGUACAUCAAUGAUGACCGUUCCUGGAUUGAUAUCACAUGUUCACAGUGUCAAGAUAAGACUGCUGUGAUGCACUUUGUGUUGGGCUUCACCUAGGCUGUUUGGGUGCCGCAAAUGGUGCAGAAUGCUGCUUACUGGUCUACCCUAUCGCCCCUCCAGAAGGAGCUUCCCCAGUUGCCAAUUUGCUACUGAGCCAAGUUUCAGGCUCUGCUGUUGACUUAGAAAGUCCUCCCACAGAGAUCUGGCAGGCACCCUGAGCAUGGCGGAUCCACCAGUAAUAUAAAAAGUUUCUGCUCAUCCAGACAGCUGUAGAUUGUGGAUCACAUUUACUCUCUGUUUACUGGGUGAAUUUUGCGACUUUCCCCCUGUGUAUUUUAAUUUGGUUUUUAAUGUAAUAUUGUUAUAAUCAUGUGGUGCACUGUGCUUGGGUACUCCACCAGAAUACAGUGGUACCUCUGGUUAAGAACUUAAUUCGUUCCGGAGGUCCGUUCUUAACCUGAAACUGUUCUUAACCUGAAGCACCACUUUAGCUAAUGGGGCCUCCCACUGCCGCCACGCCACCGCCACGUGAUUUCUGUUCUCAUCCUGAAGCAAAGUUCUUAACCCAAGGUACUAUUUCUGGGUUAGCAGAGUCUGUAACCUGAAGUGUCUGUAACCUGAAGCGUCUGUAACCCGAGGUACCACUGUAGCAGCAUAUAGAAAUCCUUUUAUAAAUCAAUCAACUGUGUAUGCCCAGCUUUGCAACUUGCAUUUCAGCAUCAGGUAGUGGAGAUAGAUAGAUAGAUAGAUAGAUAGAUAGACACACACACAGUGGUACCUCUAGUUGCGGACUUAAUUCAUUUCGGGGUGCCAUUCGUACCCAAAAAGUCCGCAACUAGAGCGCCUCUUCCACGCAUGUGCGGGUGCAAUCAAGCAUUUCUGCACAUGUGUGAAGCAUGCAGAUCACUUCUGCGCAUGCAGGGAACACAGAAGUAAACACUUCCGGGUUUGCCAUGUUCGUAAGCUGAAAGUCCGUAAAAAGAGGGGAACGCAACACGAGGCAUGACUGUAUAUAUAUGUAGCACGUGUAUGUUUAUAUACGUCCAUGCUUCAUUGUAUUCCACCAGUACUUCCCCCAGAAUUAAAACACAAUUGCAAAACUGCUCUGGGGAUUCCAGAGUGGAAGUGUGAGGAUGCUGUUAAGAGCAUUAGCAAACUGACAUCCUUCACAUCUGGUUUUUCUCUAGUUCAAAUCAGCCACAAUGGAAACAUGCAAACCUGUUUUUCUUCACAACUGCCUCCGAGGAAGGGGGGGGAAAGGUACACUUUUACCCAACACAGUGUGUUGGCUUGGAUUGUGAGGAUAUCUCCAAGUUAGCUUCAGAUUGGCACACUUCCCCCUCCAAUGUAGCCAUGAAGAGGAGGUUGAAAACUUUUGGUUCCUUUUUGGAUUAACCACAGCCUGCCAUGCCACCUGAACCUGACAACCUGUGAUUAAUCUUAAGUAUGGUUUGUUGAAACAAGCCAAACUAUAGUUUUGGAAGUUGGCUUUGUUUCAACUAACCAUGCUUAUACUUAAUCAGUUUAGGAUUGGUCGUCAAACUGCGGUUUAUGUGAAACAGAAGCAGAAAUUUUCUAUCUUGUCCUCAUGUCUGUGCCAGAAGAAGAGGAGGGAGAGUUCAAGUCUGGGGUUCACUUUGGCUUGCUCUUGCAACACUAAACCAUGGUUUAGUGCCAGUAUAAAUCGGGCUACCGAGGAUACUAUUGUACAAUACACACUGGAUAUCGAAGACAGUACUCACACCAAAUUAAAGGGAAGAUUGUGCCAGAGUAAAACAAACACUACAAUGGCAAUCAGGGAGUUUAUAUUAUGAACAGAUAUGCAUAGGGUUGCUCUGCAGAUGACACGUUUAGCUUACUGUUGGUCUAAAAAUGGAAGCAAGACUUAAGCCCAAUUCCUUUCUUUUGAUAGAUACUGUUACGAUGGAAGGGGCGCUUUAUCCACGCUGUGUGCUAGACUUCUCCAUAAAAGAGCACAUCUAUCGCAUAAUUAGAGCGCAAAUAGGAGCAACUGAACACAGGCACCAACAAUGCCUCUAUUAAUUAAUCUGCCUUUAUCCCCUUAAGCAUUAUUGUUCUCAAGCAUUUUCCUAAGGGAAACCAACUGGAUUUUCCCAUUGUUGAGAACCAUCUGUCUGCUGCUACUUCUGGCGGGGUGGUUGAACGAGUGAAGCCACCCUGGAUUGCCAUGGUUUUCGGGAGAGGGGGGCUUUUUUGGGAGGGAGGGAGGGAGGGAGGGAUGGUGGGCGAGUCUGGAUUAUGCAGCUCAAUAUCUAAUAGGAAAUCAUCUGUGUUGCAAUCCAUACAUUUGUAAACCUGCUCACCGGUUGGAAAGCCGCAAAGGAGGUGGGGGGCUUGGGAAUUGGCAAUGCCUGUAGCCGGGAUCAACUUUUUAAUUUAACUACCUGGGCAAACUCCAUAUAGAAUUGCCAUUCACCGUCUGUGCAUGCUUCAAGCUUGGAGCUGUACAAAGAGAUCCUUUCUGUCCCUGCGCCUUAUCUCUAAUUCCAACCACACUUUCAUGUUCAAACUGCAAGGGCGCAUGUAGAUGGGCACUCGGAUAGUCACAGCAGCUUCCCACACACUGUGGAACAUACAUCCCUAUCAAGAACAGUGACAGAAAUUAGCCAGCCGUGUUUUACGGCUGGUGCAAGCCCAAUUUCAUCCACAUGGAGAUCUUUGGAUGCCAGGGGAAAGCAAAAUGCCCCUUGGAGAAGGAUCUGUAAUAUUUUCCUCGAAGCUUGAAUUUGUUUUAUUCUGGAUGGUGUUAUUCGACGUUUCAAUGCUUUGAGGUUUGCUCUUUAAAAUACAAUGCGGUAUAGAAAUGAAAUGAAUAAUAGUAAUAAUGAAUCCCAGUGCUAAAAAGUGCCUAGACCAUGAGUAGGCAAACUAAGGCCUGGGGGCCGGAUCUGGCCCAAUCACCUUCUAAAUCCGGCCCGCAGACGGUCCAGGAAUCAGCGUGUUUUUACAUGAGUAGAAUGUGUCCUUUUAUUUAAAAUGCAUCUCUGGGUUAUUUGUGGGGCAUAGGAAUUAGUUCAUUAAUUUUUUUCAAAAUAUAGUCCGACCCACCACAUGGUCUGAAGGACGGUGGACCUGCUGAAAACCCUGGCCUAGACAUUCCAUGGUGGCGACCAUCACCUUGGGUUUAAGGUGCCAUUUGGCGAUUAUAUUAUAUAUAGGAGUUUCUAGCACUGCUUAAGAGCCAAUCUAUACCUGCGGAGAAGUCAUUUGGUGAUGGUUGCCUGGGAUCGUACAAUUUCAUGGUGCAGCAGGUGCAUGGCUGGGGGAGAAGCCGUGUUGGGGGAGAAGCCGUGUUGGAAAUGCAGAUAUGUAAGCCAAGCACCAAAUAGCACCUCAAACCUGGGUUACGGUCACCACAACAGAAUGUCUAUUCGUCAGGGGCUUGAGCUAGACAAUACUACAAUUCUGUGAUUCUAUGAUCUCAACUACAUUGCUAAUUUGCAAGAAGGAGAAACCCACACCACGGAAAUGGAAAUGGACCAAAGGCAGAGGUUUUCAAACUGUGGUCUGUGAGUUCUGCUUGGGUAGCCUGCAGAAAGGCUGCAGCACAGUCAGAAAUACCUGUACUCAGCCCUACACUUAUUUUCCUUGAUAUGAUGCAUGGAGGACUGAGAUGCCCAGCAAGGGGUCCAUGAUUCACUCAGCAGUGCAGAAGAACAAGAUGUGUGUCUUUUGCUAUGCACAAGUCUGCUGGCUCGAUGGAGACAUCAGUCGCCAACCUGGUGCCCAGAAAUCUCCACAUAGUCGCAAUUGGACCCGUGCCAGUAGCAAAAUGUGCCUGGCACCCAGGGAAUUUCAAACACUGGGGAUAAGUAGGGUAUCAUUUUCUUCAAUGAUCCAUUAAAAAACAACAAGAAGUUUGGCAGAGAGAAGCCUAGUCCCAGAAACAAGAACCCUCUCUGCCUUUCCAGGGGCAGAAAAAUUUCUAUAUGGAAGUGCAGCUCCCAAAUUCCCUACUUCGCCAUUUCUCUCAGACCUCUGAAAUUUUAAAAACAUAUAUAUAUAUAUCUACACCUUUUGGAAGACUGCAAGGCUUUUCUAUACGGAGAAAGGUUCAGCUGACAGAAGGCUGGGGUUUUUGAUAUUUAUGUUUUUAAUCUAGAUGUUAAUAGAACUGUAAAUAUAUAUUUGUGCUUGUUAAUCUGUUACUACUGUGCCCUCCGGGCCACCCAUAACUGGGAGAGCUCCAAAUGCAAAUAAAAAUAAGCAGCACAAGCCAGGCUUAUUUUAGCCAGGCUAUUCCCGUUUACAUGGGCUCCUUUAAAAUUUUACUCAGGUGGAUUCACGUAAGUAAAGAAGCAGAGGCUUCACGCCUUCCUCGAGAAACCAGGUUAGGAUUACAAUGAAGGGCACCACUGUCACCAUAGCUGAAAUGGUUCUGCAUGGGUGUGUUUGUUUUCUUAAUUUACUGCUGCAGGAAAUGGCUACUUGAAGAGCCGAAGUCCACUAUAUUUAACACGCAGGAAUGAGGGGUUGGGAGAGAGCAAAUCAUGGCGCAGAGCAUUCCGACAUUAUUUCUGGAGAUGUAUUUUUUAUAACAAUAAUUGAGAUUUCUUACCUGCCUUCCCUCCCACCAUGGAUUCUUCAGACAGGUUACAACCAUUUGGAACACAUGUUUUAAAAUGUUAAAACAGGUUGCGAUCAAGAGAAUAAGGUGGGUCUUAAGAUGUAUCUAUCUCAGAUGCCCAAAGUCAGAGGAAGAAGAAGGGUACCUUCCGCCGUAUGAUGAAUACAGUGGUACCUCGGGUUACAUACGCUUCGGGUUACAUACGCUUCAGGUUACACACUCCGCUAACCCAGAAAUAGUGCUUCAGGUUAAGAACUUUGCUUCAGGAUAAGAACAGAAAUCGUGCUCCGGCGACGCAGCAAAGUAUUGAAAAAGACGACUUUCGAACUAGGCAUUCUGUUUUGACGACUGCAAUCCUGAUUUAAUGAGCCAUUUGUCGCUUAGCUUAUAUAUCUGAGUUUCUAACACCGCAAAAUUGGUAGAAGUGCUGUACUGAGAAAACCGGACAGCCUCCCCCAAAUACUAAAAAAAAAAGGAUGCUAUCAUCUAGAGACACGGAAGCACUUUUUUAUCCCAGUUCAACCAAUAUAUUGACCCUUUAUAACCGCAUGUAACAGUUCUGCCUGCGGCCUGGAAGGAAAACACCAUCAUUUUGCCAGUAAAAUACUAUUACCCCUGCAGGGAAAGAUAAGGUUGGCUGUGGAAAGGCAGAAGAUCCUAUCAAGGUGCUCAACGCAACAAUGUAAGUAGACCAGAAUAAUAUAAUUCACAUGCAUCCAAUGCACUGAGGAAGCUGCCUGCUAGUUUACCUUUUCUGUCUAGACUGAGUGGCAAGAUCAGACAACAUGAAGCUGAGAGAGAAGGAAUUCUGACGCAAGGUCACGUGGUAAGACUUUUGGUAUAGCACUUCCCAUGCUCUGAAUUCUAGCUGCUUUAAAAAAAGGAUAUCCUGUACAAGUCAUUUUUGCCACAAGAUACACACAGCUAGUUUUGCAUUGCGACAAUACAGCUAUUCCUGCUCCUCAUUUCAGACAUUUUAUAUACCGUAUAUACUUGUGUAUAAGCCGACUUUUUCAGCACAUUUUUAAUGGGGGGAGAGAGAAGCCCCCUCUGCCAUGUGCACUCUGGCCCACCAGGAGGUUUGUGGUGUGGUGAACCGGCUUAUAUUCGAGUCAAUGAGUUUUCCCAGUUUUUUGUGAUAAAAUCAGGUGCCUUGGCUUAUACUUGGGUCGGCUUAUACUCGAGUAUAUACGGUACUUAAGAGAAAGAGUUUGUAAAGUUGUGGAACAAUGGAAAAACGAUGCCUGAAGAUGGUUCGCCAUAAUGGCUUUUGCCAGGCAACACAUAUUUCGCGGACACAGCUAUCAGUCACAACUUGCGACCCACACUUGACCAAAGUCCUGAAGGCCCAAAUAUCGAUUUGCCUUUGGGGAAGAGAGAAAUGACAAUACAAAAGGCAAGCCUGCUCCCAUUUAUCUGGGAGCAAGUCUCAUGUAAUUCAAAGGGGUCUACUUCUGAGAAGACAUGUCUAGAACUGCAGGGUAAAUAGGCGAAAACCCAGCACUGUGACCCUUGCUUGCCCCUCACGGGUUUUGCAUCAACUACAUGGAACCUGACUGAAGCUCACGGAUCACAGUUUGGGACCCCAUGGCAUAGAGGAGAGGAGGCACAACGCUUUGCUAGAACCAGGUCUGCAUGUGCCUAUCUGAGCCAUGAAAUCAUUUCUGCUUGAGCCAUUUGUGCUGCUUGCUGCUUAUUCAGUACCAUAAACUAAUUGAUGGCUACAAUGGAGAAGCUGACUUUGCGUUCGUAUCUCAAUCUGCAUGCGCUGACAUUAUCUUUGCUCCCUAUUGGUCCCCAACCCACUCCGCAAGAUCACAACCAAGAUGGACACUUUCUUGACCAGGAAGGAAAAGGGAAACAUCUCCUCUUGCACUUGCUGGCAGGGAUCAUGGCCACUUUUACAAAGGGAGAAUCCUCAUUUGAAGACCACCUGGUGGAGACUCACAUCUUCUAUUUGCGGGUGGGAAUGAAAUCGAGAGCUCGUUAAAAGCACAUCUUCUCUCUUGUGGUGGGCAGGACUGGAAGUCAAGAAGGUGUCAGAAGCUUAACAAGCUGCCUUUAAACUUUUGUGAAGACAGUACUGGCUUCUCCGCUGGGAAGAGCUGGGGGCGAGAGAUAUCGGCGAGAGAUAUCGCGCCCCCCCCCAGCUUCCACCCACCCAAGUGCACUUGGAUGCUCGAAAAGCUUUCAAUGGAGUAUCUCACCAGAAACACCCGAGUAGGAGUCACGGGAUAAGAAAAGAGGUCCUCUUCUCUAGUGGAUCAAAAACUAGUUAUAUAACAAGAGAGUAGGAAUAAAUGGACAGCUCUCCUAAUGGAAGGAUGUAGAAAGUUAGGGUUGCCAUAUUCCCAAAAGCGAAAAUCCGGACAAAGGAGUUUAUUAUUAUUAUUAUUAUUUGUUUUGAUUUUGCUGCAAGUUGUUGGCCUUUUUAUUGAAUGAUUUAAAAUAUAUAUAUUAACACACACACACCCGCCAUACGUCUGGGUUUCCCAAUUUGCCGAAAAUCCACUCGGACGCCAUUUUCCUGCCCAAUUCCCAGACAUAUGGCAGCCCUAAGAAAGUAGAGUCCCCCAAGAAUCAGUAUUGGGACCUAUGUUUGAUAACUUGUUCAUAAACCAUCUAGAAUUAGGUGCGAGCAAUGAGGUGGCCAAGUUCGUUGAUGGAAAACAAAAAGAGAUUGGGAAGAGCUCAAAAGGCAUCUCUCCAAACUGAGUGAAAGAGCAGCAAAAAGGUGAAUGCAAUUCAGUGUAAAGAAGUGUAAAGUGAUGCGUGUCCGGGGGGGAAACAUCUUAAUUGCACAUAUAUGCUCAUGGGGUUAUGAAUUGGCAAUGGCUGACCAAAAAACAGGACCUUGAGAUCAUAGAGGACAGCUUGAUGAAAAUGUCGGCCCAGUGUACUAGGGAUCAUUAGGAAAGGAAAAUAAAACCACUGUUAAUAUAAUGCUAUUAUUACACAAAUCUAUGGCUGAACCGCAUUUGGAGUAGAGUGUACAGUUCUGGUCGCCUCACCUCAAAAAGGAGUUGGAAAAGGCUGAGAAAAGGGCAGGCAAAAGGGUCAAGGGACAGCAGCCUCUUGAGUUCAAGGGAAAGACGAGUAAGAGGAGCCAGGAUGGAAGCAUAGAAAAGUUUGUGGCACUAAGAAAGUGGAUAAGGGGACGCGGGUGGCGCUGUGGGUUAAACCGCAGAGCCUAGGACUUGCUGAUCAGAAGGUUGGCGGUUCGAAUCCCCACAACGGGGUGAGCUCCUGUUGUUUGGUCCCUGCUCCUGCCAACCUAGCAGUUCGAAAGCACAAAGUGCAUGUAGAUAAAUAGGUACCGCUCCGGUGGGAAGGUAAACUGUGUUUCCAUGUGCUGCUCUGGUUCGCCAGAAGCGGUUUAGUCAUGCUGGCCGCGUGACCCGAAAGCUGUACGCUGGCUCCCUCGGCCAAUAAAGUGAGAUGAGCGCCGCAACCCCAGAAUCGGUCAUGACUGGACCUAAUGGUCAGGGGUACCUUUACCUUUAAGAAAGUGGAUAGAGAAAAUAUCUUCUCCCACUCUCAUAACACUAGGAAGUCAUGGACAUCCAAAGAAGCUGGGACAGGUAAUAGAACUGGAUGGCUUUAAAAGAGGAUUUUGGAGGAAAGGGCUAUCAAUGUCUACCAGCCACAGUGUCUAUGUUCUGCUUCUGUGGUCAGAGGCAGCAUGUUUCUGAAUUCCAGCUGAAGGAAAGUGCUCUUGUGCUUGGUUCCUGCUUGUGGGUUUCCUCCAGGUAUCUGGUUGGCCACUGUGAGAACAGGAUGCUGGACUAGGUGGGACAUUGGCCUGAUCCAGCAGGUACUUCUUAUGUUGUUAAGAAAUUUAAAUUUUAAAAAAAAAUCAGCAUCAUGCACCAUAGGCAUGAGCCAGUUUGGAACUGAUUUUCCAUCCCACCAAUUUCAUUGGGGAAGUUUAGCCUCCUGAACUCUCCCCUACUAAAAUCAGUGGGAACUGAAGGAGCUUAAUUUCAGCUGCAACCCUAAACACACAUUUACCUGGGAGUCAGGUCCCACAGAACUUAGAACAAGGGUCAGCAAACUUUUUCAGCAAGGGGCCAGUCCACUGUCCCUCAGACCUUCUGGGGAGCUGGACUAUAUUUUUUUUGGGAGGGGGAAUGAACGAAUUCCUAUGCCCCACAAAUAACUCAGGGAUGCAUUUUAAAUAAAAGGACACAUUCUACUCAUAUAAAAAUGCUGAUUCCCGGACCGUCUGUGGGCCGGAUUUAGAAGGCGACUGGGCUGGAUCCAGCCCCCGGGCCUUACUCUCCCUACCCAUGACUUAGAAUAAUAGAACUGUAGAGUUGGAAGAGACCCCAAGGCCAAGACAGCCCCUCGAACGUCUGGGUUGCUCUCCUGGUUGUCCAAAACAUCUGGAAGAGACCAGGUGGAGAAAGGCUGACCUAUAGAAACACUACCCCUAAGCACAAAUUCCCUUAUUUGUAAAGGGUGAGAAAGUAAUUUUUCACCUGAGCGUGACUCCGCAGAAAAUAAACAGAGAAAGGAAAUAUUUAAAAAGGCCACUUGUUGCCCUUGUGAUACAUUAGAACAAAACAAAGAGCACCACAAAUGCAUUUCAUGUUUUCUACAGGGUUUUCUCACAACCCUCCCAUUUAUUAAAAUAUCUCAGCCACUUUCCCGUGGGCGUAUGACCCUCGAAGCAGUUUACAACCAUCCAACCAAAAGGUGAAAUUAGCCACGGCCAAAAAAAAACAACAAACACCACCAAGAUAUAAUUUGUAACGUUAACAAAUACCUUUAAAAAAUACACACACAUGUCCACCGAAGUUAAAAACCCAGUGGGAGGAGCAACAGAACCAGCACCCUCCCCCUCAAAGCAAUGCAACUUAUCCUCAUUUGCAGGAAGGAUUGCACAGGAUUUCUGCAAACCAGGAGUUCCCUAGCGCACAUUUAGGGCUGUUAACUACGGGAAAGAAAAAAGGAGAAGAGUGCUGAUUGUUACCUCCCCAACCCUUUCACAGAGCAUGCAUAUGGGGGGGGGGGUCUGACACAUACUGAAGUGCGUUUAAAAUUCUCUGCGUGCUGUCCCCCUAUUCUCUCUAUGCCUGCAUAUAUUUAGGCGUUGGGGGGCGGGGAGUGUAGUCCCAAUUGUGCCAGUUACAGAACGGGAGGAGGAGGGGGAGGUUAAUGUUAUUUAGUGCGGCUUGAUCGAUCCCAUACAAAAGGGUCCAAGUUUUUUCAGAGGUUGGUGGGGGGGUUGUCUUUUCUCCGUUGGCUUCAAUCUCUUGCGCUUGCAUUCAGCGUCCGCAGAGUUUGCAUUUUCUAAGCAGGAGCGGGGGGGGGGGGAGAGAUGGGAGGCAGGACUAAAGCGCAGAGGGGGGCACCUUUUCUUACGCUCGCCUGCAAGAGGAGGAGGGGGCGGCGGCGUUGCAGACUUUGCGCCGGGCUUUGUGCCGGGCUGCUAACGCGCAGCCACCCACACGCUCGCGGAGCCGCCCGGGUGACCCCGUGGCCGCCUUUCCCCGGCGAGAGGCUUUGCCAGCCACGUGGCUGUCACAAUCCUGAACCAAAAUGGGGGAGGCUGGAGGAGGGAGGGACGGAGCAAGCCGGGAGAAAAGUCUCUUUCUCUUUCUUUUCUACGGAGUACGGAGAGAAGGAAAGAAUUCACUUAGCUGCAUUUUGAAAAACUUCCAAAGCAGGUGAACUUUUUUUGUGCGCGCACGCGGGAUGCCUUGUUCCCUUCCAACUUCGUGACGACGGAAAGAAAGAUCGAGCCAGUCACUCUCACCCGGAAGCGGGGAAGAUUUAUUAAAAGAAUACGGACAGCCAAAGGGCACACAAACGUCUUAGCAAAAGCCCAAGCGCGCACGCAUCGUAUUUAGGGGGGCCUGGUGGAACCGCACAAGCAGCGCUUGUGGAUGAAGCGAAGUCCAAAAGGAGGCGAAAAGGCGCGUGCACAACGGCAAAGCUACCUGGUUAAAGGGGGGGGGGUGGCUAGGCAAGAGUCUAGGGCAGGAAGAGGGACAAGGGUCAGAGGAAAGGGGGGACUGGUGGGGGAGGAGAUCGGAGCCCCUCCAGUGAAACGCCACCCUCGCCUGCCUGCCCCAGAUGCCACCUUCGUCUCUCCACCGCCCAAGGGAGCCCGGACCACUUCAUUGAAGGAGGAGCACAUUAUAUCAGAACACACAGCUCUAAAGUGGUCAGUGGGUAGGUUAAAAAAUAAAUCAGAUUUGGGUCCCACUAAGUCCACCUAUCUCUCGAGGGGCGUAUUUAGAGACUCAGGUCCGACAGAGAGAGAGCUUUGGCUGCAUCCAACCUUCUUGUUCCAUUCACUCCUCCCAACGCCCCACAUAAACAGGUCAGACCCAGAUCUGGCAGUCAAGCUUUUUAUACAUUCACACACACGACUGGCUUGGGCAAAAACCCUUUUUCACCACCCACAAGAAAAUCCCUCGUUCUCCUCUCCAGUGUCUUCCUCUCCAGUAUCGAGCAUUUAUCUUCCCUUCUCCAAGUCACACACCCCUGACUCCGGAACACGAAUGUCUCUUCACACACACACCAACUUGCAGGCACAACCCUUGAGAAAGACACGCGUACCCCAGGUCUGACACCAACUCAAACUCCUCACCUUUCCUCCGAUCCCCAGCCGCCCUAGAUCCCAACCUCGCCAUAUAUCUUGAAGCCAAAGGGAACUCAGCUGGAGGCGCGGGCGCGCGCACAUAUACCCACAAUAUGUUUGUGUGUGUGUGUACACACAAUACACACAGCACAAUUUAAGCCUCCGCGGUGCACAGACACACACCAGACGUCAAGGGAGGGAGAGAAUGAAAACAGAAAAACACCAGCAAAACACAACUGGAAGUAGACGGAGGGGAAGACAAGUGAGAAUUAAAAAGCUGGAAGUAGAAAAAGAAAUCGGAAGGGGGGGAGAGAAACCCAGGGGUUGGAAAGACUAAAUUUAAGAAGAGAGGCGUAUGUAUCUCUUAGCCACCCCCCAGCUCCCCACCCCACCCGCAUCCCUCGACCCCAGAUAGUUAAUAAAGGAGAGGUUCCGACUCACUGUACGCAUGAAGCUCGCGCAAAGGGGGAGGGGGCAGCAAUAUGGCAGCGAGGGGGGGAAAUGUGUCAGGAAUCAGCAGCUGCUGCUGCCGCCGCCGCUGCCUCUGGCUUCCCUUGCCCUGCGCAGCAGCAGCAGCGGCGACGCCGCCCCCUCCCUCGCCGUCUCCCCAUAGCAACAAGGCGCCCCGGCCGCCGACGGCUCCUCCUCUCGCUCCGCCCGCCCGCCUGCACAGCCUCCGGGCGCGCAACCGGCCCCCUUUUCCCCUCCCCUCGCGGCGGUGGCACCGCCCCCUCGGCAAAGCGGCCGAGUCCAUUGCAAGCGGAAGGGGUGGGCCGGCGCGAAGUUAGGGAGGGUGGGGUGUUCGGAGGGCAGGGGUUGUCGCUGGUGCGCGCGGGGCACAUGGCACGCGGGAGCUGGCUGCCAAAAAGGGGGUGGGGAGGAAGGGUUUGGGGCUUUUAGCCUUCGAAGUUCCCACGCGCGCUGGCUUGACUAAUAAUAUUAAUAAUAACACUGGGCAACAAUUUUUUACUUUUUGAAUGUUGUCUAGAUUUCUACAAAUGAUUUAGAGUAUUUUUGCCCUGCUGAAUCAGGAAAUGGCAUCCGUUUCUCUCCAUCAGGUCAGGUUUUUGUGCUAUGUUGAUUUGAAAAAAAAUCAGAUCUUGUGACAAAAUCGAUUACAUUUUUGUGGCAUUAUCAGCCGAUUUUUGUCAACACAUAUCAUCCUAAAUAUGUUUUUAAGAGAAAAAAUGUUUUUCCAUCAACAUAUAUUGAUUACCUGAUAGAAACAUGGAUUACUGUAAACUGAAUGGUGGGCAUUGAUAAAGGUGUUGUUGUUGUUUAGUCAUGUCCAACUCUUCGUGACCCCAUGGACCAGAGAACGCCAGGCACUUCUGUCUUCCACUGCCUCCCGCAGUUUGGCCAAACUCAUGCUGGUAGCUUCGAGAACACUGUCCAACCAUCUCGUCCUCUGUCGUCCCCUUCUCCUUGUGCCCUCAAUCUUUCCCAACAUCAGGAUCUUUUCCAGGGAGUCUUCUCUUCUCAUGAGGUGGCCAAAGUACUGGAGCCUCAGCUUCAGGAUCUGUCCUUCCAGUGAGCACUCAGGGCUGAUUUCCUUCAGAAUGGAGAGGUUUGAUCUUCUUGCAGUCCAUGGGACUCUCAAGAGUCUCCUCCAGCACCAUAAUUCAAAAGCAUCAAUUCUUUGGCGAUCAGCCUUCUUUAUGGUCCAGCUUUCACUUCCAUACAUCACUACUGGGAAAACCAUAGCUUUUACUAUACGGACCUUUGUUGGCAAGGUACCUUGAUAAAGGUAAGUACACGUAAAUUGCAUGUUGCUUCACCAUUUUUCAAACUUCAGGGCUUGAACUUCCGUUUCUUGGAACUCCUGGAAUGCUCAGCGGCAGGGAGGUCUCUCUUCAGAGUCCAACAGUAAUCAGCCAUCAUGACUGCGUCCCAAAUACCCUGAUACCUGGUCUCCAAUCUCUUUCAUGUCCUGAUGGAAUCUCUCCCCCUGCUCAUCACUCAUUGAACCCAGGUUCUCAGGAAACCGGUCCAUAUGUGAAAAUAGGUAGUGCAUCUUGACGCUCAUGUUGCAGCCCAGGUUUCUGAAAGCAGUCAGCAUGUUGUUGACAAGUUCUGCGUAGUUUCUGGCCUUAUUGUUGCCAAGAAAGUUCUUCACUACCAGAACAAAUGCCUUCCACGCUUCCAGUUCCACUUCGUUCACUGACUUUCCGAACUCUGGAUCUCUGAUGAGCUGACGGAUCUGAGGACCGUCAAAGAUGCCAGCUUUCAACUUCUCCAUGGUCAAUCCUGGAAAAGCCUGGCACAAGUAAGUGAAGCAGUCACCAUCCUUGUCCAGAGCCUUGGUGAACUGUUUGAUUAAGCUGAGCUUGAUGCGCAGUGGUGGGAAGAGUAUUCUGUCUCUGUCCACCAGAGGGUCGUUGAUGACGUUCCUUUCUUUGCAAGGCACCAAUUCCUCCCGCACAGGCCAGUCCUUCAUGUAAUGCUGAGCACGGUCCCUACUAUCCCACAUGCACAGAAAACAUGGGUACUUGGUGAAGCCAGACUGUUGUCCCAACCAAAAGUUCACCAUCUUCAGGUCAACACAAAUAAACCACUUAUGCUGAUCAUAACCAAUUUUCUCCAGCACAUACUUCACCGCUUCAUAGUUCUCCUUCAGUGUACUCAAGUGAGCCAGGGGUAUAGAGGCAAACUGGUUGCCGUUGUGUAGCAGAACACAUUUCAGUGAUCGCUUGCUGCUGUCAAUGAACAGUCUCCAAUCUUUGGGUUCGUACUGUGGCACUCCAAGCUUGAGCAGAAGCUGCGCAAUAUCUGCACAGUACACCAAGUCCUUCUCUUCUGAGAAAAAACGGAGGUACUCUUGAUGCCUGUUGUGGAAGAAGCUGAUGCGAGCACUGUCAGAGAGGAGGUUUUUUCCCUUCAACAGUUCGGCAGAGUCCUUUGACAAGCUGAGGUCGCGAACUAGAUCAUUCAACUCCUUUUGGGAAAAUGGAUGUGGAGCAUCAUCUUCAAGAACCACUUCUUCUUCUUCAUGUCCUUCAACACUGGAGGCAUCUUCAUCACUAAUGUCAGGAAGUUCUCUGAAGAUAGGCACUGGAAUUUUAUCACAAUGAGCUACAGGACAACGUGCUGAUUGAAGAUCUACUUGAGGCUGCUCCGGUUCUUUCUGUUGAUCCCAGUCACAUCAACAGUGCAGAAGUAGCAGUCAGUGACAUGGUUUGUCGGCUCCCUCCAAACCAUGGGAAUUCCAAAGUUCAGACUCCUCUUGCCAUUGGUCCACCCACGUAGAGUCUCGGUGCAUGCCUUACACACCAUGUGUGGCACCCGAGCUUUAUCCUGGUCACCAAGUUUAAUACCAAAAUAAGCAUGGUAAGCAUGCCUUAUGAAACUUGUGCACCAAUUUAUGGAAGAUUUCAAGGUUUUAUGACUUCAAACUGAUCCCUUUUCGACAUAAUCACCCAGAACUAUCGGACCUGAAUACUUCUUGUCAUUAAAAUAAUCAUUUCCAAUCAAAACAAUUAUUCGACAUGGCAUUUUACCCUCACCAACUUCUUCUAAAAUGCUCCACACAAGCAUACAUGUGAACAAAAAUGUAAAAAAACCGACAUGUGGCCAUAGCUCAAAAACUUGACCUGAUUGAGCAAAACCAAUGUGAUUUUUGGAUUCAGCGCAUCAGAUUUGUCCUAAAUCAACUGAAAAAAACACAGACAACAAAUUUGUUGCUGACCAGUGUAAUUUAUUAUUUAUACCCCGCCCAUCUGGCUGGGUUUCCCCAGCCACUCUGGGCGGCUUCCAACAAAACACUAAAGUACAAUAACCUAUUAAACAUUAAAAGCUUGCCUAAACAGGGCUGCUUUCAGAUAUCUUCUAAAAGUUUGGUAGUUAUUUUUCUCUUUGACAUCUGGUGGGAAGGCGUUCCACAGGGCGGGUGCCACUACCGAGAAGGCCCUCUGCCUGGUUCCCUGUAACUUGGCUUCUUGCAGCGAGGGAACUGCCAGAAGGCCCUUGGCGCUGGACCUCAGUAUCUGGGCAGUUGGCGGCCAAAUAGGUUAAAGGGACGGCGGUCGCCUGUGGAGUCUGCCCGGGCAUCGGAGGAGGAGGAGAAGCACGUGGCUGGCAAGCUGGGUGGCACAAAGGAGGGAUACAGUGCCAGGUUCAAAUGCGGAGAUGGUUGCAGAACCGUAGAGUUGGAAGGGUCAUCUAGUCCAACCCCUGCAAUGCAGGGAUCUUUUGCCCAACGUGGGGCUCGAACCCACAACCCUUGAGAGGAAGAAUCUCAUGCUGUACUGACUGAGCUGGCCCAACUAUUUAAAUUUGCGACGACGCUUCCUGAAUGGUCUCUAGACGCUUGGCGCUCCGCAUCCAGAGGGCCUGCACCCUUGCUUAGCAGCAGAAUGCAUUCCGCCCAUAGCCUAGGUGAGGGUGCGUGGGGUUGCAGACAUAGGGCGAGCCGUAUACUGUAAUUUCCCCCAAAGUUCUGUUCAUGAAACGGGUGGUAGACAGAUGGCUGGCUGGAACCCACCCAGGGUGACAAAGCAUCAUUUAUUUCUACUUUUAAAAAUAAACAAAUUAUAGUCAUUGCCUAGCAGACCAGGCUAGCAUAGCAUAUACUGUGGUACCUCGGGUUACAUACGCUUCAGGUUACAGACUCCGCUAACCCAGAAAUAGUACCUCAGGUUAAGAACUUUGCUUCAGGAUGAGAACAGAAAUCGUGCUCCGGCCGCGCGGUAGCAGCUAAAGUGGUGCUUCAGGUUAAGAACAGUUUCAGGUUAAGAACGGACCUCUGGAACGAAUUAAGUACUUAACCCGAGGUACCACUGCACAUGGUUAUGAUGCUCGUGUUACUGUAUUAUUUUUACUUUUAAAAUUACGUGAUUGCCACAGCAGGCGCAGCAACCGUCCAGCAGCUUGACCUCACCCACAAAGGUGCACUCAUCAUCUCCCGAGACAGACGGAUGCCAGCCUUUUUUACAAUAAAUUCGUGCUUAUUUUGAUAAUAGAAUUUUAAAGUUGGAAAGGGCCACAAGGGUCAUCUAAUCCAACCCUCUGCCACGCAGGAAUAUUUUGCCCAGCAUGGGGUUCAAAACCCACAACCCCAAGAUCUCAUGCUGUGCCAACUGAGCUAGUAUCAGGGCAGCAGAAGCAAGCUCCAUUUUAUUCCUGGAGUCAUUGUGGUGCUAUGAUUUAAGUGAGUUUAAAAUGGGAAAUCGGGAGUGCUCACAUUAUUUCCUUUUUAUAUGUAUGUAGAAAAUCUGGGUUGCCAACCUUGUUUAAUAAUAAUAAUAAUAUCUAACAAAGCAGGAAUGUAUAAGCCGCUAUAAACCGUUGAAUGGGGUGAGCCCUGUAAGUCCAUUAUGUUGCUGGGUCUAAAAUUAGCUACACGCCUGCAAGACUUGAUAACCACCAUUGCUUCUUUCUUUAAUUCAAGGGUAUGUUGUUUACGUCUCUCUUAUACAUCUUGCAAGAAGAGUUUUAUCAGAUGAACCCUUAGGUAACCUGCAGUGAUAUAUCACUGGUACCAUGUCCCCAAAUAUAUGGCAUACACAUCUCUUACACAGAUGGGAAAAGGAGAAACUCUCAGAUCAGAAUGUGCCCUGAAGGGAUGGGGGCCAACUCCUGUUAACCAUCCUAGGAAUGGAAGAGACAAGCCAGAUCAGACCAAAUGCCCAUCUAAUCCAGCCUCCUGUUUUCUCCAGUGAACAACUAGAUGCCUCUGGGAAGGCCACAAGCAUGCUAAAGUUGCAGGUGCACUCCUAAAUAUUUGCUCAGAAGUACGGCCUUCUGAUCUCAGUGGGACUUAUUUCCAUAUAAAUGUGUUUACAGUGGCAGCCAAAGAAUCUGCAGUGGCAUCCUAAAAACCGUCAAAUUGGGUUAUGGCAUGAACUUUUCAUGGCUGAAAAGAGAUGUUUAUCGGGUGCAUCAAGUAGUCUCCUAAACUGAUGGAUUUAAAUCCGCACAGAUAACAGAGAGAAGGUAUCAUAAGUCCAAUGGAACACCAGAAAUAGUAGGUGUUCCACCAGAGUUUAAUUUGAGAUUCAGUGGUACCUCAGUUUAUGAACUUAACCCGUUCCGGAAGUCCGUUCUUAAACUGAAACCCUUCUUAAACCGAGGCUCGCUUUCCCUAAUGAGGCCCCCCUCCACCGGUGCCCUUCCACCAUUUGGAUUCCAUUCUUAGACCAAGGUAAAGUUCUCAAACCAGGACACUAUUUCCGGUUUUGCAGAGUUUGUAAACCAAAUUGUUCUUAAACCGGACUGUUCUUAAACCGAGGUACCACUGUACUUGGAUAUUUUCUUAGCUAUGGGUGACUGGUCAUGUUUACGGUGGCAGGGUAUUACUGCGCUAAGUACCUUGGUGAUCUGAACAAUCCCAGCAGGCCUUAGUGUGCUGGCAAUAGUAUGCAAUCGUUGUUAUAGCUUCAGUAAAAAUAAGAUUUUGAAAGUGAGGCCCAAGUGACAAAACCAGGUUCCAGACAAGUUUGACUUACAAUUCAUACUCAAGAUGGCCCAGGGAGUCUUGGUGUCAAUGCACUUUUUGCACCUAGAAACAACAUCCAUGAACAAAGGAGGGUGCACAUGAGAGAAAACAACAACUACAACUGGGUUUUACUAUAGUUUUUCAGUUGGACUUCUUGCCAAAGAAGUAAGCCACUGUUUACUUUUUAUAAAGCAUCUUGUCUCUUGUGUGGUGGUGAAACUGGCUCCAAAUUCAUAUCCACAUGUGUAUAUUACUUUUGGAGAGCUGCGGGAGGUCUUUCUUAUGGCUUCAUUAUUCAUAAUAGAAUAUGUCACUUUAUCGUGAAAUCAGAAACACACUGGGUUAUUAGUCAUAUGCACAGUAGAUCCACUGAAAUCAGUGGAUUUAUGUGAGUUAUUUUGAUUUCAAAGGACCUGUUCCUAAGUACGUCUAAUAUUUGAGAUACCGUAUUUUUUGCACCAUAACACUCACCUUUUUCCUCCUAAAAAGUAAGGGGAAAUGUCUGUGUGUGUUAUGGAGGGAAUGCCUACGGGUGGCAUGCCUACGGAUUUUCCUCCUCUAAAAACUAUGUGCGUGUUAUGGUCGGGUGCGUGUUAUAGAGCGAAAAAUACGGUAAUCCUUUAAGUUUAAAAACCUAUAAACCAUAACGUCUACACCAGAUUAUAUGGGCCUGGGAAAGUCAUGAAAUAAUGGGUGUCUUAUGGACUUUUGAAAUGUACUGCCUUAAGAAUGUUUAAACCUGGGUCAUAAUUUUUAAAUUGGAAUAACAGAUCUAUAGACUUCAGCAGCAGGAACGCAGGUGAUUUAUCUGCAAUGUAGGUGUUGCUUAGAUUUUAUUUCCUGAAUUUUAAGUAAAUUAACCAUGAUUUUAUGGGUCGAGGACAGUGACAAAAACCCCAUAAGGUUUCUGUUUGUAAAGCCCAACUGCUCAGCUGUUUGUUUUGCGUUGUCCCACAUCUUGUAUCCUGAUAGUUUUAGCUUUAUAAGCUCCUCUGGCCAAGAACUUUGGUAUUUGUUCAGCACAGUGUUCUGUGUGCUGUGUUUACACUGAAGAGUUCUGCUGCAUGAUACGGGAUUUGGGGGAGAGCAUUCACAUCUAAACAUUGCAGCAAUUUGGUACAGUCAGUCAAGUCAGGAAGAAACAGCUCUGAUAAGUAAUCUUGCCCAAUAUGUUGUCUAGAGUAUAAAAGAUAGAGGGGGGAAGGCUCUUUUCCAGUCAAACUAAUUGUGCCUGAACUGUAUUUUUAACUUUAUCACAAGGCUUGGGAACCAGUGGCUCUUCAGACAUUGUUGGAUUACAUGAGUCAACAGUGUGAUGCAGCAGCAAAAAAGGUUAAUGCUAUAUCAACAGAAGUAUACAGUCUAGAUCUGGGGUUAGCAACCUAAGGCCCAUGAGCCACGAGCGGCCCAUAGGGGUUGUUUAACUGGACCCCCGCCGCCCGCUCGGUCGGCUCCCGUGCAUCGCACUAAACCAGUGUGGAGCAGAGCAGGGACCGCCUUCCGCGACGCUGUGUGGCUUCCCAUUGGCUGCAGGAAGCUCCUGCAGCCAAUGGGAAGCUGUGCACUCCUCCGCGCCAAAAAUAACGUGUGUGCGCACGCACUCCGGCCCACCACAGCAUCUGUGGGACCGUGAACUGGCCUAAGCCACAAGAACUUUGCCGACCCCUGGUCCAGAUCAAGGGAGGUUGUUGUUGUUGUUGUUUAGUCGUUUAGUCGUGUCCGACUCUUCGUAACCCCAUGGACAAGAGCACGCCAGGCACUUCUGUCUUCCACUGCCUCCCGCAGUUUGGUCAAACUCAUGCUGGUAGCUUCGAGAACACUGUCCAGCCAUUUCGUCCUCUGUCGUCCCCUUCUCCUUGUGCCCUCCAUCUUUCCCAACAUCAGGGUCUUUUCCAGGGAGUCUUCUCUUCUCAUGAGGUGGCCAAAGUAUUGGAGCCUCAGCUUCAGGCUCUGUCCUUCCAGUGAGCACUCAGGGCUGAUUUCCUUAAGAAUGGAUAGGUUUGAUCUUCUUGCAGUCCAUGGGACUCUCAAGAGUCUCCUCCAACACCAUAAUUCAAAAGCAUCAAUUCUUCAGCGAUCAGCCUUCUUUAUGGUCCAACUCUCACUUCCAUACAUCACUACUGGGGAAAACCAUAGCUUUAACUAUACCGACCUUUGUUGGCAAGGUGAUGUCUCUGAUCAGACCACACCUGUAUUACAUCCAGUUCUGGGCACCACAGUUUAAGGAGGAUAUUGACAGGCUGCCAUGUGGCAGAGGAGGGUGACCAAGAUGAUCAAGGGUCUGGAAACCAGGCCUUAUGAGGAAUGGUUGAGGAAGUUGGGCAGUGCAUCCCCCCCCCACUUUUUUAAGGAAAAAAGGUGCUGAUACUCACCAUGAAGUUGUUACAGUAAGUGCCACAAAUUUAACAUUUUUGGGGAAAGUGAUGAUACGGUGUACCCUUGAGUACCCCACCCCACCCCGAGAAAUAGCACUGGAGUUGGGUAUGUUUAGCUUGAGAAAGAGGAGACUGAGAGGAGAUAUGAUAGCCAUCUUCAAAUAUCUCAAGGGCUGUCCCAUGGAAGAGGGAGCAAGCUUGUUUUCUCCCGCUCCAGAGUCUAGGACCAAUGGAUUCAAGUUACGGGAAAGGAGAUUCCAAUUAAACAUCAGGAAGAACUUUCUGAUGGUAAGAGUUGCUUGACAGUGGAACGGACUCCCUUAGGAGGUUGUGGACUCUCCUUCCUUCGAGGUUUUUAAGCAAAGGUUGGAUGGCCAUCUGUCACGGAUGCUUCUGUUGAGAUUCCAUGCGUUGCAGGAGUUGGACUAGAUGACCCUCGGGGUCCCUUCCAACUUACAAUUCUGCGAUUCUAUGAUGCAUUAUCUGGAGGGCAACACAUUCCCUGUCCUGACUUAAUGAGAUACUACACAGGCAACUUAUUUAGGGAAGUUUUUAAUGUUUAAUGCUGCAUUGUGUUUUUAAUAUUUUUAAUAUGCGAGCCACCCAGAGUGGCUGAGGAAACCCAGCCAGAUGGGCGGGGUAUAAAUAAAAAAUUAUUAUUAUUAUUAUUAUUAUUAUUAUUAUUAUUAUUAUUAUUCUAUGGGGAGAGAAGACCUGUCAGAGACUCGGAGGGCUGAGCUGGAAACCUUAUGGUCCUAGGUCCAAUUAGAUUUGACAUGAAUUGUGUGAUUGCCACUAAGAAGCCUAGUUUUUAAAAUUUAACUAGCAGCCUUGGAUUGGGACCAUGGUGCGUAGGGAGAGUUCACCUCCACAUGCACACCACAGAUGUUCCCAGAUGUUGAUUGGGGGUCACAUCUGUUAGAAGACUGGGAAGGGCAGACCGGCCUGGUAUCAGCACCCAGCACCUCAUAGGCAGCUACAAGGGGUCACAGCUUUUUGGCAAGGCUCACUUUGCCGAUACCUUUCCUUGGCCUCAGCUGUGGACUAACCAAGUGACCGGAAGCCAUUUUGAUUUCCCUGGACCUGAAAUUGUGCUGAAAUGGCCAUCAUCUCUGCAUGUUGUGUUUUUAUAUUGUGGUUGUUGUUUUUAUGUUGUAACUGCCCUGAGACCUGCAAGUAUAGAGCGGUAUACAAUUUUAAUAAAUAAAAUUUAAAAAAAUAAAGAGAGCACCUCAAGAUUUGAAUUGUUUAUUAUUCUGUAUCUCCCAAGUUGCUCAAAGUGCCACAUGUGGCUCUCCACCUCGAUGCAAUACGAUAAUCUUUAUUGUUAUUGUUAAGUUGUGGGUGAACAUGUCAGACGACACAGCGAUUCUUUAAACAGCUCUUCUUUAUUCAGAUGCCAGAACAGAACUAGGCUGAGGAGCUCAGUCAGCCUGCUUAUAUAGAGCUCCAGAACAAUGCAACUGUUGCCAUUUUCUAAAACUAUCCAAUCACUGAACGUCACUUUUCGAUCCUUCAUUUGCAUAACUAUCUACAGUAUCCCCCUGCUCGCCCAGGGUGAGAACUUCAGUACAUAACAGUUAUUGUCCCAUACAGAACAAUGAAAUUGAAAAAAUCUACAUCAGACAUUCAAAAACCAAGAAGCCUGCUAUCCCAGUUAUCCCAGCCUGGUUAACCCCCUAAAAACUCUGAUACCCCAUAAUUAAAUACAAUAGACUCCCACAGAGACUACCUAACGCUGCAUUUAAAACCAAAAUCACAUUUGGAUAGAACUCUCGAACUUUCCCUCACAACAACAGUGUGUAGGCAAGGGAUGGUAUUCGACUAAUCUUUACUCAGAACAGAUCCAUUGAAGUUAAUGGACUGCCUGUAGUCAUUUCCAUUCAUUUCCAUGGGUCUGCUUUUGAACACCACCCCAAGAGACCAUUGACUGGCCCAACAUCAUCAAUGCAGUGAGCUUUGUGGCUGAGUGAGGAUUUGAACCCUGAUCUCCCAGGUCCGACCCUCUAGCCACUACGCCACACUCUCUAGGGUCUGCUCUCUACUUAUGUGGAGCAAAGGUUGGGGACCAAUAGACUUGGCCAGCAGCCCUCAUGAACGGAAACACUUUCCCAGAAUUCAGUGCUCUGGUUCCGCUGCAAACCCGCAGGGUUUCCUCUAGUUGCUGUGGAAAGGGUUCCCUGGAAGCUGGUUUCUAUAGCAACUGCAGCUAGAACCUGCACAGGCCAGGACAUUUUCAGUAAGGCCAAGGCAGUUGUUUUUGCUGAGCCCAAACAGAAAAGGUGGGCUCAUGACAGGAGGGGCAGCCUGCUCUGCGGUCUCCCCGGCUGAAUUACCCAGAUAGGCUUUGUUUUGAAGAGGGUAUAGAGAUCCUUCAGGUUUAAUUGCCAAUAAAUCAGCAUGACCUCCCCUCCCCGGCACCUUUUAGAAACACUGAUCUUUUCAGCCGGAGAAUGGAGAGCAAUUUUUACAGUGUGUGCAAACUGUCUACGGUAAGAUAACAGAAAUGACACACGCUGUUUGCUCCAUUAAAGGCGACCGCCAGAUAAUGAAGGACUCCAUUAAAAGCAUGUCCUAUUUGUUUUCUGGUUAUGUUCAUAUUGUAUUACUGUGUGCGUCUGCUGCACUUUAAACAAUCGUGCUCCGAGUCUGAUGACUUGGUAUUUUAUCAGUUGUUGAGAAAUUAUUUGAUUGCGCUUUCAAGAUACCUGUCUUUUAGAGGGGAAAAAAGGGUGUCCCAUUUCAAAGCUGAUGGGUGUGUAAGUAAUUUUCUGCCAGAGGAAAAAUGCACAAAAAUUACUGUGGUUUUUUUAAACACGGCAGUAGUAUGGUGAGAUUAUAUGAGAGAGUUCUAGCUAUAGCAGGUGAUGGAGAAUAGAAACCAGUUUUCUCUCUCAUUUUGGGGGGUCAUGCCACUAUUGUAAGAUCCCAGACUCCCUGCAGUUCCUCCUGUGUCUGAAAAUAGUGUAUAAUGGACAGGUAGUGAGCAUCUUCUCCUCUGCAAGACUCUCAUUAUUUAGGGUUGCAUUGACUGGUUCAAAGGAUACAAUGCAAGGUGGUCUAAAAUCAGAAAAACCACCUGGCGCAUGAUCUGCUUAGUUAUUAAUUUAUCAUAUUGCACACCCCAAAGUCGUCCCAAAGCACCCCGAAGGAAGCAUACAAACAUACUCAAUAAGUAACAAACUGACUUAAAUUGGUUAUAAAAAUGUGCAAAACGAAACGGCAGCAUGGAAAAAACAACACCACCCUGGCACAUGAGAAAUAUUAUUUAUAUAUAGCAGUAGGCUAUUAACUUGCCACAAAGGCCUGCAAAAACAUGCAUUUCAUUGCUAAGCAACAGCUGAGCCAGGUGCCAAAUGAGGGCGAGGCCUCAGGUGUAGACAUGAGCACACAGAUAUACAGAGGUGUGAGGAGGUGGUCCUUCAGAUGGGCUGGUCCCAGAUCAUUUAGAGGCCACAUGUUUUGUAUAUCUUACAGGCAGCCUCUCGAUUUAUGAUUGCAUCAGAGUUGCUAACUGCAUUGCAAAAAUCCUUCUACUUGGUGAAAACCACUGGGGGCUCAAACCUAACAGAUUCUGGCAGAGCAACAUGGAAGAAUUCAUCAGACAAGUAGGUGCAGUCAUGAUCUCCACACUGCUAUAUCACCCCUAACUCCAUCCCCCCUCCAACCUUUGGCCAGGCUGCCUUCUUCAGCUCAUCAGAGGCUGCUUAUACACCAGGCACCCCCAAACUCGGUACUCCAGAUGUUUUGGGACUACAAUUCCCAUCAUCCCUGACCACUGAUCCUGAUGAUGGAAGUUAUAGUUCCAAAACAUCUGGAGGGCUGAGUUUGGAGGUGCCUGUUACACACUAUAACUUUAAAGCACAUUCUUUCAAAGAAUUCUGGGCACUGGAAUUUACCACUCACAGUCAGAGGACCAUUCACAGCAACCCUCAACAAACUACAGUGCCCAGAAUUCUUUGAGGAGAAAAGUGUGCUUCAGCUAUGAUUUAAAUGUAUAAUUUGUUCCUCGGCAGAGUUUCCAGGCACCCAUGGGUUGGAAUGCCACCCCCCAGCACUUGGAGACUUCAUUUAAGCCAGGGAUGUGGAGUUUGUGACCAUCCAUACGAUGGACAACGGGUCCCAUCAUCCCUGAUCAUUGUGUAUAAUGGCUGUGGCUGAUGGAAUUUGGAGUCUAACAGCAUCUGAUUUCUCCUUUAGUUGUUUUAAUUUUCUUCAUUAAUAUGCAUUAUAUUAUAUUCCUCUUAUUAUAUUGUACUUUUCUGUUCCUUCCUAUUCUGUUAGCCACUCUAGGAGCAUGCAUUUAUAGUCAAGGUGUGGGAUAUAAAUCAUGCAACUCAAUAAAUACACAGCAGGAUACGAAGUAUCAUGUUGGCGGCUGAAGCUAAAGGAAUGUGGUGUUUCUGAAGGCGUGCGUUUUUCAGGAAGGUACACAAAGCAAGAAACCAAAUAUUGGCCUUUAAUUGUUUGUGGAUCUUUCUUGCAAAAUCCAGAAUCGGGUUUCUCAAACUGGAAUUCUGUAGAACUUCCUGGUCCAGUUCUGGAAUCCUUUGAAAAUGGAGGUCAGAGUGGCUGGGAGGCCUAGUCAUAUAUGCAUUAACCCAUAUCCCUGCGCAAUGUCCUGGAGACUAUGUAUCUGUGGAAGCCGCUCGUCCAUCAAGCAGUGCCAUGAUGGUGCCGUGCCAUCGUAGUGCAACUAACUUACCUGUGCAGGGGGGGGGGGGAGGUGCUUGCAGCGUUGCGCAACUCCCAUGUGCUUCCUAUUGAUGUCGUAAGCUGGCCUUCCUGCAGUUUCUUCACAGAAUAGCAUGGGGUGUUUCUUUGGCACAGGAAACAGAAAAACCUGAGAAGUGUACAAAUGAAAGAACGGCGACGUGACAGCACAGCACAACUAACUUGCGCUCAGGCAGGGGGAAUUGGAGAUGGAAUAAUGGAAUGGGCACAGUUGAAGUAUGAAGCCAAGAACAUGGGAAUAUUUGGAAUUCAUUGCAGAUGUGAUAAAAUGAAAAAGUUAGGCUUGCCAUAUUUCAAAAAGUGAAAAUGCGGACACAAAAGUUGUUGAGUUUUUCUUAGUUGUUGA